CUGAAGCAGCUGUCUCUGGUUGACAACAGAAAUCUCGAGAUUCCAGAAAACGUUGCCGGCCUCAAGAGAAAGCAAGGCUCUGAUGAAAUGACUGCGUCCCAGUUCGUGUGAAGUGAUCAUCUUUCGACGAAUGGGGGUUUUUAGCUGGAAAAAGUAUGAACGUUGUGUAAGAGAUGGCGACUCAACUGCUAAAACUCAAGGAUUAUAUGAACAAAGGUUAACGAAUAAUGAGAUUACUGCAGAUUUGCUCGAGAAAACAAGUCUUGUUGUUUUUGGCGGUAAUCACGUUACUGUCCAUAUUUUGGACUUACUGGAUAGGAAGUCGACUACUACAGGAUGAUACUACAAUUCCAAAGGAAGGCUACGAGUCCUUAAGAAACAAGAUUCGAUACUCUGAUGAAGACGUUAUUUUCCAAGUACAAGGGCGUAUUUCUAAAAAUGAGGUGUCUGCAGCAACCGAAAGGGAGAUUUCUCUCCGGCCCAAUAAUUCGCCUUAUUUUGUUACAAGAAGGUCAAAUAUAGCUCUUGAGAUUUUUCAUGAAGAUGGAAAAUUGCUUCAAAGGCUACGAGAGGUAAAUGCUGUUUUUGUAUACAAAGAUUUAAAAUUAAAUAUUGCCUCGUAAACUAUUUGUAUACUCUCGUUUCAUGAUACACGUGAGUUGGGGAUCGCCAGGAUGGUAGAAAAAUUAAUGAAUUUUUUAUAAAACCACUACUGCGUCAUUACGAUAUGCCAUUCAUUUUAAGUGUUAAGUGCUGUUCAAGAUUUACUCGAAAUUGCUCACUAACAGCCUGGUCGAGAAUUUCACUCUGGUGUAUUUAAUGAUGGCUCCGCUUCUUGUGGAGUGUACUUACUUUCUUUUUCUUAGUGAAGAGCAUCCUAAGAAUAAAAGAAAAUUAGAAGUUUAAGUGAAAAGAUUUGUGCAAAUAAACUCUUGAAAAAUUUAGGUGUUUAAAAUUAUAUUGUGAUUGGUAAGAUAAUAUGUCGUGUUUUUUAAAGUUUGUCAAUUUGAAGUAAAAAAUUGUAAUCAAAGUUUGAUGAGAUUGUUAAUUAUAGAUCACUGUCUUUUCUUCCUGAGAAAAAAUCAUCUUUCAGUGGAAUGUAAAUUUUUAAAUUAAAUUAAUAGUCUUUUUAUCCCUGGUUUGUUUCAUGUUAUUUUAAACAUAAACCUUUUUAAUGCUUUUUUGUUUUCAAAAUACACGUAGAGCUCUGUGAAUGGGAAAUUCAUGGUAAGGCGAAAUGUUUUUUAUUCACACGCUUUAUCAUGUCAAUUAUAUUUUGUCAAAAAAAAUUUCAAGCCAUUAAUUCGUCUUGUCCUUUGCUUUUAACUUUAAAGUGAUGUCAAUUUGAGAGACGCAAAAGAAAGUUUAAUUUAUCAAACAUCUAUAAUAUUUUUAACCUGUUAUUCUUGGAUAACACAUUUUCUUGUUUUGUGAACAUUCAUAUAAUUUAUCAGGAAUUUUUUAAAAUAGAUAAAUAAGGAUUAAAUCAAAUUUGUUUGAUUUUAUGACAGCUGGUCAGGGUUUUGAGCAUGCAGUAUAUAAAAUUUUUUAAAAUCGUGUACAUGAACAUGUAGUCAAUACUCAUCUUGAGACCACUCUCGUUAAGUGACCAGCUUUAGUUACAGCCAGUAGUACAUGUAACUACAAUCACGUGUGCCAAGUUUUUUUACUAAAAGCUCUUGUAACUGACUGCCCUCAACCCUUUAAGCCCCAAUAUCCACAUACAAAUUCUCCAAACUGAUCCCCAUAGAUUUUCUUAAGAAUUACUUGAGAGAAUUUGAUAAAAGAUCAUGGCAUUUUCCCUUUGGUGAUCAUUUUAUUAAUUCUCAUAUCUUUAUCUCUUGACAAUGUAUGGAUAUUGUUAGGAGAAAAUUGUUUUUGGUCACUAUUGGCACUUAAAGGGUUAAUACAUUUAUAGGGUGGUUAUCAUGCAAGGGCCCAUUCUCUUAAACAACCAGUUCUACACGUGUAGUUCCGACCAAUAGCUUGGUGGUCCUCUAAUAUGUAAGGGCUUUGAUUGUAUCUUAUCUUUGAGUAUCUUGCAGGGGAGACAACUAAAGGGCAAAUUUCUUAGGGUGUGAAAUGUGGCUCCCCUUUGGAGACACUUUUUUUUAUUUUUAAUUAAUUGUAUUUUUUACAACGACACUGUACAUACAGGCCCCAGGGGGGGUACUCAACAAAUGUUUAUACGGGAAGGCUCUGCCCCAAGGUCCAACCCCUUACCCUUUUAUAUACCAUUUUCCACGAAAAAGGUUAUCCUUUCGUGUACCUUCUAUUGACAAAUGGUACCCCUUUCACAUACCUUAAUUGUUUAGAACCUUGCAUCCCUGUUAACUGCUGUAAAUGCACUCUCUUUUAAAUAGGAUUUAGUCACAAAAAUAGAAUGUUUUCUCAACCUUAUAAAGCCAUAAAAUUCAUCUGUUAGCCCUUUUGGGUCCUUUCACAGACCCAAAUGACAGAUUUCCCUCCCCUUUUAUCUAUCCUCAACUAGUGAAAUCCCUACCCUUUCACAUACCUAAAGCCUGAAAAAGAUACCCCUUUUGGGCAGAACCUCCCUGUACAGGCCAUCAUAGGGAGUACCUGGCACUCCCCCCUACCUCGAUACAGGCGUAUUAAAAUUAAGGCGACUUCAUUUUUCAUCAGCUUGAAAAGAAGUACCAGACCAGUCCAGAGAUCUUUCUUGCCAAUUUAUUUAACUCUUCUCAAGAGGAGUACGUCAAAACUUUGACGGAUGCAUUAAAUGUACUUGGAUACAAAGUUGUGUUUUUGAAAGACAGUACAGAGAUACAGUCCCUACCAAGUAGCUUGGGCAGCCUGUGGUGUGUUAGAAGACACACAAGAAAAAGUAAUACAUCACAUUGUUUUCCAAAGGAUUAUGUUGACCUUCAGGAAUUUAAGGUCAGUACUGCAUUCUCAUUCAAUUUCGCGAUUUUGGGAAACAUUGUGAAAUUUAAUACUUGCAAUAUCUAGUACUCACAAAGAUUAAAAUUGUGAAAUUUAAUACCAGACAUAUUCUUAUCUAUAAAAUAACAAAAUUCAAACUGUUGCAUUAUCAGUAAUUCCAACAUGUCUCAGUUUCAAGAUUAGGAGUUUUUAAAGCCUUAUGCUUUGUUAUAUUUUAGCUUGUUUUGUUUGUAAUUGUCUCUUUUUGCUGUUAAACAUUGAAACUAUUAAUUCUGUUGUUUCUGUUCUGAGGUCAAAGUUACCUUUAUAUAUUAAAGAAUAGAAAAAUCUUGACAUUUUAUAUACUUCCAAAACUACCUUUCCCUAAAAAUCUUGAAAAUUAAAUACUCAAGAAAUAAUUUGUCUCACGAUUUUUUGCAAAACAUAAAACUCACAAAAUUAAGUGAGAAUGAGGUAGAUUGAUUGGGAUUUAUUUUGUUUGAUUUUCCAACUGUUGGCAGUGCAACUAAUCUGUACACUGUUGACCUGUAAUAAAGUGUUAACUCCCCCUGUGAAAGAUAAGAGACCACACCAGGGUUUUCAUUAAGAAUUCUAUAUAGUAGCAGGAGAAAGGUGUAAUGUUACAAGAGAAUAUUUUGAAAGAGGCUCCACGUCUGAAUAUAAUAUAGUCAUAGGCUAUCAAACAUUUGCUAGAGAAUUAUAUCUGAUGCCUAAUGAACUCCCUGCCACACACAUCCCUUUUCAAUCUAUUAGAAAGGUUGAAGGACACUGUCAAUUAAAGGCCAAAGACUAUUGGACAUUACUGCCCAACUAUGCACUGAUCAUCAAGCUCUCAUCAUUGGACCUUAAUAUGCCUCUUAUUAUUUGGGUCCAACAACAACAGCAUUGAAAGUAUCCCUUAAAAAAUUAAUUUGCAGUCUUAAAAGCUCUAGAUAACAUUUCUUUAAUUUUGGUCUCACUCCAUUUUUCGACUGUAUGCAAAUUUUGCUGGAGUUGAAUUUUUAUGCCAUCUAUCCAAGUUCAAAAUGAAAAAAAAUUGUUGUCAUGUGUUCAUGUCCUCCAUACUGCCUUGUGCCAGCAGAUAUCUUAUCAGACUCGUGCAGCAGGUGUCAAGGAAAUGUACUAGUAAUUGCACAUGCAAUGCUGUUGAUAAAGAUGAGAUACUGCUUUUUCGCCUACUUGCCUACAAAAACAAUUAGUUUUUUUAAAUUCUCGCUGUUGUUUGUCAUUGCUAUCAAUUUUAUAAGCUUUCUUCAACUUUGUUUAUGUUAUCUCAAUUCAGGUGUCCCCUAUACCAGGCCUUGAAAAGCAUCUUCUUAGAAAUGAUGGCUUCUGUUACUUGAUGUCUGCAUCCAGUCAAAUAUCAGGUAGACAAUAAUUAUUUUACCUUGACUAUCAAGGGUUGCAAUAACAUUUUCCAUAAAAAGAUUCAGAUUGUGGAAUUGCCCCCUUUCUCUCCAGGGUCUAGGCGCUUGCUCCCCAGAACAUAUUGAAAUUGGUUAUUCCAGAAAAAAUUAGCACCUCUUAACUGAAGGAACUUGGAUGUUUUGACUCCCACCUUCUGCCCUUAUUUCCAAAACUCUUGGUCAAGACCUUCCUCCUAUCCCGGUUUCCAUAAAAUGUUUAGAUACCAUGAUAAUAUUUUCAUUAACUAUCAAAUUAUCUUGAGGACUCUUAGUGGUAUUUAGUUAAUCUUUUUAAAAUUACUCUAAAAAAUUUUAAUGUUUGGAAAAGCCACAGUCCUGGGUUCCACUGUUUCCAAAAUCCAAAAUCCAUAAUUCCAAUAUUUGGACAAGCCAAAACACUGGAAUGAAAAUUAUGAUUGAAAAAGUGAAAAUCGAAAAUUCCAAUGUCUGGGACAGCCAAAAUGGAGAAUUCUAAUGAUCUGAAAACAAAAAUCUUCAAUUCCAGUGUUUGGAAAAAGCCAAAAUCCAGAAUUCCAAUGUUUAAAGAAAGCCACAAUCCUGAAUUCCAAUAUUUGGAAAAGCCAAAACAGGAACUGAAUUCCAGUGUAUGGAAGGAAAAAAUCCAGUACUCCAAAUGUUUGAAAGAGUCAAAAUACUGAAAUUGUAUGUUUAGAAAAUAAAAAAAUCGUGAAUUCCAAUGUUUUAUAAAGUCAAAAUGCAAAAAGCCUAAAUUACAGAAUUGUGAUGUUUCGAAAACCCAAAAUCCAUAACUCCAAUGUUUGGAAAAGCCAUAAUCGUGAAUUCCAAUGUUUGAAAAAGCAAAAAUGCUGAAUUCUUUUGUUCGCAAAAAGCCACAGUCCUAAAUUCUAAUUAUCCUAGGAAUUCCUAGGAAUUCCAAACAUUAUUUCGCUAGGGUAUAUAGAAAAGCGAAAAAUCCUGAAAUCCAGUGUUUGAAAAAGCAAAAAUUUGGAACUCCAAUGUUUCGAAAAAGGUAAAAUCCAGAAUUAUCAUGUUUGAAAAAGUCCAAUGUUUAAAAAACGCAAAAAUCCUAAAUACCAAUGUUUGAAAAAGCCAAAAUCCUGACUUCCAAUAAUUUAUUGUACAACGCAAUUGUUGUCCUGAAUUGAAUUGAAUUGAAAUGUUGCUCCUGAUAUCCCUGUUGUCCCUUUUUCCGCUAUUGUCCCUGAUGUUGUCCUUGUUGUCCUAGUUGUCACUGUUGUUGUCCCUGUUGUCCUUGUUGUCCUUGUUGUCCCUGUUGUCCUUGUUGUUCCAUGUUGUCCUUAUUGUCCCUGUUGUCCAUGUUGUCCUUGUUGACCCUGUUGUCCUUGUUGUCCCUGUUGUCCCUAUUGUCCCUGUUGUCCAUGUUGUCCUUGUCGACCCUGUUGUCCUUGUUGUCCCCUUUGUCCCUGAUGUUGUCCUUGUUAACCGUGUUGUCCUUGUUGUUCCUGUUGUCCCUGUUGUCCAUGUUGUCCUUGUUGACCCUGUUCUCCUUAUGUUGUCCUUGUCCCCUUUGUCCCUGAUGUUGUCCUUGUUAACCCUGUUGUCCUUGUUGUUCCUGUUGUCCCUGUUGUCCAUGUUGUCGUUGUCGACCCUGUUGUCCAUGUUGUCCCUGUUCUCCCUAUGUUGUCCUUGUCCCCUUUGUCCCUGAUGUUGUCCUUGUUGUUCCUGUUGUCCCUGUUGUCCAUUUUGUCCUUGUUGACCCUGUUGUCCAUGUUCUCCCUAUGUUGUCCCCUUUGUCCCUGAUGUUGUCCUUGUUAACCCUGUUGUCCUUGUUGUUCCUGUUGUCCCUGUUGUCCAUGUUGUCUCUGUUGUCCCUGUUGUCCCUGAUGUGGUCGUUGUUAACCCUGUUGCCCUUGUUGUCACUGUUGUCCUUGUUGUCCCUGUUGUCCUUAUUGUCUUUAUUGUUCUUCUUGUCCCUGCUGUCCACGUUGUCAUUGUUGUUCUUGUAGUCCCUGAUGUAGUCCUUGUUGUCCAUCUUAUUCUUGUUGUCCUUGUUCUCAAUGUGGUCGCUGAUGCUCCUGAUGUUGUCCUUGUUGUCCUUGCUGUCCUUGUUGUCCCUGUUUUUCAAGUUGCUCUGUUGUCCCUCAUAUUGUCCUUGUCCUCUUUGUUUUCACUGUUGUCGCUGCUGUGGCUGUUGUCACUGUUCUCCUUGUUGUCACUUUUGUCACUGUUCUCACAGUUGUUGCUUUUGUCACUGUUGUCGCUGUUGUCGUUGUUGUCACUGUUGUCGCUGUUGUCACUGUUGUCACUGUUGCUGUUGUCAAUCUUGUCAAUGUUGGCGCCGUUGUCGCUGUUGUCACUGUUGUCACUACUGUCCUUGUUGUCCUGCUUUGGUCUCUGUUGUCCCUUUGUCACCGUUGUCACUGUUUUCACUGUAUUCACCAUUAUCACCGUUGUCACUGUUGUCACUGUUGUCACCGUUGUCACUGUUGUCACUGUUGUCACCGUUGUCACCGUUGUCACAGUUGUCACUGUUGUCACUGUUGUCACCGUUGUCACAUGUUGUCACUGUUGUCACCGUUGUCACCGUUGUCACCGUUGUCACAGUUGUCACUGUUGUCACUGUUGUCACCGUUGUCACAGUUGUCACCGUUGUCACUGUUUGCACUGUUUCACCGUUGCCACUGUUGUCACUGCUGUUACCGUUGUCACUAUUGUUACUGUUUGCACCGUUGUCACUGUUGUCAGUGUUGUCACAGUUGUCAUCGUUGUCACUGUUGUCACUGUUGUCACCGUUGUCACUGUUGUCACCGUUGUCACUGCUGUCACCGUUGUCACCAUGGUGACUGUUGUCACCAUUGUCACUGCUGUCACUGUUGUCACAGUUGUCACCGUUGUCACCGUUGUCACUGUUGUCAGUGUUGUCACAGUUGUCACCGUUGUCACUGUUGUCACCGUUGUCACUGUUGUCACUGUUGUCACUGUUGUCACUCUUGUCAUCGUUGUCACCGUUGUCACUGCUGUCACUGUUGUCACCGUUGUCACUGUUGUCACUGUUGUCACUGUUGUCACUGCUUUCACUCUUGUUACCAGUCACCGUUGUCACUUUUGCCGCUAUUGACACGGUUCUCACUGUUCUCAACAUUGUCACCGUCUUCGCUGUUGUCACUGUUGUCACUGUUGUCACCGUUGUUGCCGUUGUCGCUGUUGUCGCCAUUGUCACCGUUAUCACCGUUGUUGCUGUUGUCACUGUUGUCACCGCUAUCACCGUUGUCGCUGUUGUCACCGUUGUCCCCUUUUUGCUCUUCUCCCUGUUGUAAACGUUGUCACCGUUGUCACUGUUGUAACCGUUGUCACUGUUGUCACUGUUGUAAGAGUUGUCACCGUUGUCACUGUUGUCACUGUAGUCACCGUUGUAACUGUUGUCACUGUUCUCACGGUUGUUACUGUUGUCACCAUUCUCACUGUGUUAACUCUUGUCACUGUUGUCACCGUUGUCACAGUUGUCACUGUUGUCACUUUUGUCACCGUUGUCACAGUUGUCAUGGUUGUCACCGUUGUCACCGUUUUCACUGUUGUCACUGUUGUGACCGUUGUCACGGUUGUCACUGUUGUCACUGAUUUCAGCGUUGUCACCCUUGUCACUGUUGUCACUGUUGUCACCGUUGUCACUGUUGUCACUGUUGUCACCGUUGUCACUGUGUUGACUGUUGUCACUGUUGUCACUGUUGUCACCGUUGUCACAGUUGUCACUGUGUUCAUUGUUAUCACCGUUGUCACAGUUGUCACUUUUUUCACUGUUGUCACCAUUGUCACAGUUGUCAUGGUUGUCACCGUUAUCACUGUUGUCACUGUUGUGACCAUUUUAACCGUUUUUCCCGUUGUCACACUUGUCACUGUUGUCACCGUUGUCACUGUUGUCACCGUUGUCACUGUUAUCACCUUUGUCACCGUUGUCACUGUUGUGACUGUUGUCACUCUUGUAAGAGUUGUCCCCGUUGUCACUAUUGUCACAGUCGUCACCGUUGUCACUGUUGUCAUGAUCACCGAUGUCACCGCUGUCACCAUUGUCACUGUUGCCACCGUUGUCACCGUUGUCACCAUUUUCAUCGUUGUCACAGUUGUCACCGUUGUCACCGUUGUCACUGUUGUCACUGUUGUCACUGUUGUCACCAUUGUCACUGUUGUCACCGUUGUCACUGUUGUCACUGUUUUAAGAGUUGUAACCGUUGUCACCGUUGUCACUUAUUUCAGCGUUGUCACCCUUGUCACUGUUGUCACCGUUGUCCCAUUGUCACUGUUUUCACUGUUCUCACUGCUGUCACCGUUGUCACCGUUGUCAUCGUUGUUACUGUUGUCACUGUUGUCACCGUUGUCACCGUUGUCACCGUGUUGACUGUUGUCACUGUUGUCACCGUUGUCACUGUUGUCACCGUUGUCACAGUUGUCAUUGUUGUUACCCUUGUCGCCGUUUUCACUGUUGUCACUGUUGUGACGGUAUUCACUGUUGUCACUGAUUUCAGCGUUGUCACCCUUGUCACUGUUGUCACCGUUGUCACCAUUGUCACUGUUUUCACUGUUCUCACUGUUGUCACUGUUGUCCCUGUUUUUGCCGUUGUCACAGUUGUUGUUGUUGUCCCCUUUUUCACUGUUGUCACUAUUGUGACCGUUGUCACGGUUGUCACUGUUGUCACUGAUUUCAGCGUUGUCACUCUUGCCACUGUUGUCACCGUUGUCACCAUUGUCAUUGUUUUCACUGUUCUCACUGUUGUCACGGUUGUCAGCAUUGUCACAGUUGUCCCUGUUGUCCCUGUUGUCAGCGUUGUCACUGUUGUCAGUACUGUCACUGUUGUCACUGUUGUUCCUUUUUUCACUGUUGUCACAGUUGUCACCGUUGUCACUGUUGUCACUGUUGUCACGGUUGUCACCAUUGUCACUGCUGUCACUGUUGUCACAGUUGUCACCGUUCUCACUGUUGUCACUGUUGUCACCGUUGUCACUGCUGUCACUGUCUUCACUGCUGUCACCGUUGUCACUGCUCUCACUGUUGUCACUGUUUUCGCUGUUGUCACCGUUGUCCCUGUUGUCACUGUUGUCACUGUUGUCACCGUUUUCACUGUUGUCACUGCUGUCACUGUUGUCACAGUUGUCACGUUGUCACCGUUUUCACUGCUGUCACUGUUGUCAAAGUUGUCACUGUUGUCCCUGUUGUCACUGCGGUCACCGUUCUCACCGCUGUCACUGUUGUCACUGUUGUCACAGUUGUCACUGUUCUCACCGUUGUCACUGCUGUCACUGUUGUCACAGUUGUCACCGUUGUCACCGUUGUCACUCUUGUCACUGUUGUCACCGUUGUCACCAUUGUCACUGGUUUAACUGUUGUCACUGCUGUCACCAUUGUCACCACUGUCACUGUUGUCACAUUUGUCACCGAUUUCACCGUUUUCACUGCUGUCACAGUUGUCACCGUUGUCACUGUUGUCACUGUUGUCACUGUUGUCACCAUUGUCACUGUUGUCACCGUUGUCACUGCUGUCACUGUUUUCACAGUUGUCACCGUUGUCACUGUUGUCACUGUUGUCACUGUUGUCACUGUUGUCACCAUUGUCACUGUUGUCACCGUUGUCACUGCUGUCACUGUUGUCACCGUUGUCACUGUGUCACUGCUAUCACUAUUGUCACAGUUGUCACCGUUGUCACUGUUUUUACUGUUGUCACCAUUGUCACUGUUGUCACUGUUGUCACCGUUGUCACUGUUUUCACCGUCGUCACGGUUUUCACUGUUGUCACCGUUGUCACUGUUUCCACUUCUGUCACUGCUGUCACCAUUGUCACCGCUGUCACUGUUGUCACUGCUGUCACUGUUGUGAGCUUUGUCACUUUUGUCACCAUUGUCACUAUUGUCACUGUUGUCAGCACUGUCACUGUUGUUACUGUUUUCACUGUUGUCACGGUUGUCACCGUUGUCACUGUUGUCACUUUUGUCACUGUUGUCACCGUUGUCACUGCUGUCACUGUUGUCCCAGUUGUCACCGUUGUCACUGUUGUCACUGCUGUCACUGUUGUCACAGUUGUCAUCGUUGUCCCUGUUGUCACCGUUGUCACCGUUGUCACUGUUCUCACUGUCUUCACUGCUGUCACCGUUGUCACCACUCUCACUGUUGUCACUGUUUUCGCUGUUGUCACCGUUGACCCUGUGUUCACCGUUGUCACUGUUGUCACCGUUGUCACUGCUGUCACGGUUGUGACAGUUGUCACCGUUGUCACCAUUUUUACUGCUGUCACUGUUGUCACAGUUGUCACUGUUGUCACUGUUGUCACCGUUGUCACCGUUGUCAUUGUUUUCACAGUUGUCACUGCUGUCACCAUUGUCACCGUUGUCACCUUUGUCAUUGUUUUCACAGUUGUCACUGCUGUCACCAUUGUCACCGCUGUCACUGUUGUCACUGUUGUCACCGUGUUCACUGCUGUCACUGUUGUCACAGUUGUCACCGUUGUCACCGUUGUCACUCUUGUCACAGUUGUCACCGUUGUCACUGUUUUCACUGUUGUCACCGUUGUCACGGAUCUCACUGUUCUCACUGUUUUCGCUGUUGUCACCGUUGUCACUGGUGUCACCGUUGUCACCGCUGUCAUUGUUGUCACUAUUGUCACCGUUGUCACUGUUUUCACCGUUGUCACUGCUGUCACUGUUGUCACAGUUGUCACAGUUGUCACCGUUGUCACCGUUGUCACCGUUGUCACCAUUAUCACUGUUUUCACUGUUGUCACUGCUGUCACCAUUGUCACCGCAGUGACCGUUGUCACUGUUGUCACUGUUUUCACCGUUGUCACUGGUGUCACUGUUGACGCAGUUGUCACCGUUGUCAUUGCUGUCACUCUUGUCACAGUUGUCACCGUUUUCACUGUUUUCACUUUUGUCACCGUUGUCAAUGUUUUCACUGUUGUCACUGCUGUCACCAUUGUCACCGCUGUCAGUGUUGUCACUGCUGUCACUGUUGUCACAGUGGUCACCAAUUUCCAGUUUUCACUGCUGUUACAGUUGUCACCGUUGUCACUGUUUUCAUUGUUGUCACCAUUGUCACCGUUGUCACUAUUGUUACUGUUGCCACUGCUGUCACCGUUGUCAGCGCUGUCACUGUUGUCACCGUUGUCACCAUUGUCACUGUUGUCACCGUUGUCACUGCUGUCACUGUUGUCAGAGUUGUCACCGUCGUCACGGUUGUCACUGCUGUCACUCUUGUCACAGUUCUCACAGUUGUCACCGUUGUCACUGUUGUCACCGUUGUCACCAUUAUCACUGUUUUCACUGUUGUCAGUGCUGUCACCAUUGUCACCGCAGUGACCGUUGUCACUGUUGUCACUGUUUUCACCGUUGUCACUGGUGUCACUGUUGAAACAGUUGUCACCGUUGUCAUUGCUGUCACUCUUGUCACAGUUGUCACCGUUUUCACUGUUUUCACUUUUGUCACCGUUGUAACCUUUGUCAAUGUUUUCACUGUUGUCACUGCUGUCACCAUUGUCACCGCUGUCACAGUUGUCACUGUUGUCACUGCUGUCACUGUUGUCACAGUUGUCACCGAUUUCACCAAUUUCACUGCUGUCACUGUUGUCAGUGUGUCACCGUUGUCACUGUUGUCACCGUUGUCACUGCUGUCACUGUUGUCAGAGUUGUCACCGUUGUCACCGUUGUCACUGCUGUCACUCUUUUCACAGCUGUCACAGUUGUCACUGUUGUCACUGUUGUCACUGUUGUCACUGUUGUCACCAUUGUCACUGUUGUCACCAUUGUCACUGCUUUUCACUCUUGCCACUGUUGUCAGCGUUGUCACCGUUUUCACUGUUGUCACUGUUGUCACCGUUGUCACUGUUUUCACUGUUCUCACUGCUGUCACUAUUGUCACCACUGUCACUGUUGUCACUGCUGUCACUGUUGUCACUGUUGUCACCGUUGUCACUGUUUUCACUGCUCUCACUGUUUUCACUGUUGUCACUGUUGUCACAGUUGUCACCGUUGUCACCGUUUUCACUGCUGUCACAGUUGUCACCGUUGUCACUGUUUUCACUGUUGUCACCGUUGUCACAGUUGUCACUGUUGUCACUGCUGUCACCGUUGUCACCGCUGUCACUGUUGUCACUGUUGUCACUGUUGUCACCGUUGUCACCGUUGUCACUGUUGUCACUGUUGUCACCGUUGUCACCGUUGUCACUGUUGUCACUGUUGUCACAGUUGUCACUGUCUCACUAUUGUCACCGUUGUCACUGUUGUCACUGUGUUCACUGUUGUCACUGCUGUCACCAUUGUCACCGCUGUCACUGUGUCACUGUGUCACUGUUGUCACUGUUGUCACCAUUGUCACCAUUGUCACUGCUGUCACCAUUGUCACUGCUAGCACCGUUGUCACUGCUGUCACCGUUGUCACUGUUUUCACUGUUCUCACUGCUGUCACUAUUGUCACCACUGUCACUGUUGUCACUGCUGUCACUGUUGUCACAGUUGUCACCGUUGUCACCGUUUUCACUGCUCUCACUGUUUUCACCGUUGUCCAUGUUGUCACAGUGGUCACCAAUUUCACGGUUUUCACUGCUGUCACAGUUGUCACCGUUGUCACUGUUUUCAUUGUUGUCACCGUUGUCACUAUUGUCACUGUUGUCACUGCUGUCACCGUUGUUAGCGCUGUCACUGUUGUCACCGUUGUCACUGCUGUCACUGUUGUCAGAGUUGUCACCGUUGUCACCGUUGUCACUGCUGUCACUCUUUUCACAGUUGUCACAGUUGUCACUGAUCUCACUAUUGUCACCGUUGUCACUGUUGUCACUGUGUUCACUGUUGUCACUGCUGUCACUAUUGUCACCGCUGUCACUGUGUCACUGUGUCACUGUUGUCACUGUUGUCACCAUUGUCACCAUUGUCACUGCUGUCACCAUUGUCACUGCUAGCACCGUUGUCACUGCUGUCACUAUUGUCACAGUUGUCACCGUGGUCACCGUUGUCACUGGUGUCACUCUUUUCACAGUUGUCACCGUUGUCACUGUUUUCACCGUUGUCACCGUUGUAACCUUUGUCAAUGUUUUCACUGUUGUCACUGCUGUCACCAUUGUCACCGCUGUCACAGUUGUCACUGUUGUCACUGCUGUCACUGUUGUCACAGUUGUCACCGAUUUCACCAAUUUCACUGCUGUCACUGUUGUCAGUGUGUCACCGUUGUCACUGUUGUCACCGUUGUCACUGCUGUCACUGUUGUCAGAGUUGUCACCGUUGUCACCGUUGUCACUGCUGUCACUCUUUUCACAGUUGUCACAGUUGUCACUGUUGUCACUGUUGUCACUGUUGUCACUGUUGUCACCGUUGUCACCGUUGUCACUGUUGUCACUGUUGUCACUGUUGUCACCAUUGUCACUGUUGUCACCGUUGUCACUGCUGUCACUCUUUUCACAGUUGUCACCAUUGUCACUGUUUUCACCGUUGUCUGUUGUCACCGUUGUCACCUUUGUCACUGUUUGUCACUGUUGUCUUUGUCACUAUUGUCACCAUUGUCACAGUUGUCACUGCUGUCACUGUUGUCACUGUUGUCACUGUUGUCACCGUUUUCACUGUUGUCACUCUUGUUACCGUUGUCAUUGUUGUCACUUCUUUAACUGUUGUCACUGUUGUCACUGUUGUAACAGUUGUCGCCGUUGUCACUGUUGUCAGUGUUGUCAUUGUUGUCACCGUUGUCACUGUUGUCACUGUUGUCACUGUUGUCACUGUUGUCACCGUUGUCACUGUUGUCACUGUUGUCACUGUUGUCGCUGUUGUCACCAUUGUCAAUGUUGUCACUGUUGUUACUGUUGUCGCUGUUGUCACUGUUGUCGCUGUUGUCACUGUUGUCGCUGUUGUCACUGUUGUCACUGUUGUCACUGUUGUCACUGUUGUCACUGUUGUCACUGUUGUCACCGUUGUCACUGUUGUCACCGUUGUCACUGUUGUCACUGUUGUCACCGUUGUCACUGUUGUCACUGUUGUCACUGUUGUCACCAUUGUCACCGUUGUCACUGUUGUCACUGUUGUCACUGUUGUCACUGUUGUCACCGUUGUCACUGUUGUCACUGUUGUCACUGUUGUCACCGUUGUCACUGUUGUCACUGUUGUCACCGUUGUCACCGUUGUCACUGUUGUCACUGUUGUCACUGUUGUCACUGUUGUCACCGUUGUCACUGUUGUCACUGUUGUCACUGUUGUCACCGUUGUCACUGUUGUCACCGUUGUCACCGUUGUCACUGUUGUCACCGUUGUCACUGUUGUCACUGUUGUCACUGUUGUCACUGUUGUCACUGUUGUCACUGUUGUCACUGUUGUCACCGUUGUCACUGUUGUCACUGUUGUCACCGUUGUCACUGUUGUCACUGUUGUCACCGUUGUCACUGUUGUCACUGUUGUCACUGUUGUCACUGUUGUCACCGUUGUCACUGUUGUCACUGUUGUCACUGUUGUCACUGUUGUCACUGUUGUCACCGUUGUCACUGUUGUCACCGUUGUCACUGCUGUCACUGUUGUCACUGUUGUCACUGUUGUCACCGUUGUCACUGUUGUCACUGUUGUCACUCUUGUCACCGUUGUCACCGUUGUCACCGUUGUCCGUUGUCACUGUUGUCACUGUUGUCACUGUUGUCACUGUUGUCACUGUUGUCACUGUUGUCACUGUUGUCACUGUUGUCACUGUUGUCACCGUUGUCACUGUUGUCACUGUUGUCACUGUUGUCACCGUUGUCACUGUUGUCACUGUUGUCACUGUUGUCACUGUUGUCACCGUUGUCACUGUUGUCACUGUUGUCACUGUUGUCACUGUUGUCACUGUUGUCACUGUUGUCACUGUUGUCACUGUUGUCACCGUUGUCACCGUUGUCACUGUUGUCACUGUUGUCACUGUUGUCACUGUUGUCACUGUUGUCACUGUUGUCACUGUUGUCACUGUUGUCACCGUUGUCACUGUUGUCACUGUUGUCGCUGUUGUCACCGUUCUCACCGUUGUCACUAUUGUCACUGUUGUCAAUGUUGUCACCGUUGUCACUGUUGUUGUUGUUGUCACCGUUGUCACUGUUGUCACUGUUGUCACCGUUGUCACUGUUGUCACUGUUGUCACCGUUGUCACUGUUGUCACUGUUGUCACUGUUGUCACCGUUGUCACUGUUGUCACCGUUGUCACCGUUGUCACUGUUGUCACUGUUGUCACUGUUGUCACUGUUGUCACUGUUGUCACUGUUGUCACCGUUGUCACUGUUGUCACUGUUGUCACCGUUGUCACUGUUGUCACUGUUGUCACCGUUGUCACCGUUGUCACUGUUGUCACUGUUGUCACCGUUGUCACUGUUGUCACUGUUGUCACUGUUGUCACUGUUGUCACUGUUGUCACCGUUGUCACUGUUGUCACUGUUGUCACCGUUGUCACUGUUGUCACCGUUGUCACCGUUGUCACUGUUGUCACUGUUGUCACUGUUGUCACCGUUGUCACUGUUGUCACUGUUGUCACUGUUGUCACUGUUGUCACUGUUGUCACUGUUGUCACUGUUGUCACUGUUGUCACCGUUGUCACCGUUGUCACUGUUGUCACUGUUGUCACCGUUGUCACUGUUGUCACCGUUGUCACCGUUGUCACUGUUGUCACUGUUGUCACCGUUGUCACCGUUGUCACUGUUGUCACCGUUGUCACCGUUGUCACCGUUGUCACUGUUGUCACCAUUGUCACUGUUGUCACUGUUGUCACUGUUGUCACUGUUGUCACUGUUGUCACUGUUGUCACUGUUGUCACUGUUGUCACCAUUGUCACCGUUGUCACUGUUGUCACCGUUGUCACUGUUGUCACUGUUGUCACCAUUGUCACUGUUGUCACUGUUGUCACCGUUGUCACUGUUGUCACUGUUGUCACAGUUGUCACCGUUGUCACUGUUGUCACUGUUGUCACUGUUGUCACCGUUGUCACUGUUGUCACCGUUGUCACUGCUGUCACUGUUGUCACUGUUGUCACUGUUGUCACUGUUGUCACUGUUGUCACCGUUGUCACCGUUGUCACUGUUGUCACUGUUGUCACUGUUGUCACUGUUGUCACUGUUGUCACCGUUGUCACUGUUGUCACCGUUGUCACUGUUGUCACUGUUGUCACUGUUGUCACCGUUGUCACCGUUGUCACUGUUGUCACUGUUGUCACCGUUGUCACCGUUGUCACCGUUGUCACUGUUGUCACUGUUGUCACCAGUUGUCACUGUUGUCACUGUUGUCACUGUUGUCACCGUUGUCACCGUUGUCACCGUUGUCACUGUUUCACUGUUGUCACUGUUGUCACUGUUGUCACCGUUGUCACCGUUGUCACUGUUGUCACUGUUGUCACUGUUGUCACCGUUGUCACUGUUGUCACUGUUGUCACCGUUGUCACUGUUGUCACUGUUGUCACUGUUGUCACCGUUGUCACCGUUGUCACUGUUGUCACCGUUGUCACUGUUGUCACCAUUGUCACUGUUGUCACCGUUGUCACUGUUGUCACUGUUGUCACCGUUGUCACCGUUGUCACCGUUGUCACUGUUGUCACCGUUGUCACUGUUGUCACUGUUGUCACUGUUGUCACCGUUGUCACUGUUGUCACUGUUGUCACUGUUGUCACCGUUGUCACUGUUGUCACCGUUGUCACCGUUGUCACUGUUGUCACUGUUGUCACCGUUGUCACUGUUUUCACUGUUGUCACUGUUGUCACUGUUGUCACCGUUGUCACUGUUGUCACUGUUGUCACUGCUGUCACUGUUGUCACAGUUGUCACCGUUGUCACCGUUGUCACUGCUGUCACUCUUGUCACAGUUGUCACCGUUGUCACUGUUGUCACUGUUGUCACCGUUGUCACUGUUGUCACUGUUGUCACCGUUGUCACUGUUGUCACCGUUGUCACUGUUGUCACUGUUGUCACUGUUGUCACUGUUGUCACUGUUGUCACUGUUGUCACUGUUGUCACCGUUGUCACUGUUGUCACUGUUGUCACUGUUGUCACCGUUGUCACUGUUGUCACCGUUGUCACUGCUGUCACUGUUGUCACAGUUGUCACCGUUGUCACCGUUGUCACUGCUGUCACUCUUGUCACAGUUGUCACUGUUGUCACUGUUGUCACUGUUGUCACUGGUUGUCACUGUUGUCACCGUUGUCACUGUUGUCACUGUUGUCACUGUUGUCACCAUUGUCACUGUUGUCACCGUUGUCACUGCUGUCACUCUUGUCACUGUUGUCAGCGUUGUCACCGUUCUAACUGUUGUCACUGUUGUCACCGUUGUCACUGUUUUCACUGUUCUCACUGCUGUCACUAUUGUCACCACUGUCACUGUUGUCACUGCUGUCACUGUUGUCACAGUUGUCACCGUUAUCACCGUUUUCACUGCUUUCACUGUUUUCACCGUUGUCACCGUUGUCACUGUGUGUCACUGUUGUCACCAUUGUCACUGUUUUCACCGUUGUCACUGCUGUCACUGUUGUCACAGUUGUCCCCGUUGUCACUGUUUUCACUGUUGUCAGCGUUGUCACUCUUGUCACUGUUGUCACCGUUGUCACUGUUUUCACCAUUGUCACCGUUUCACUGUUGUCACUGUUGUCACCGUUGUCACUGUUGUCACUGUUGUCACAGUUGUCACUGUUGUCACCGUUGUCACUGUUGUCACUGUUGUCACCGUUGUCACUGUUUGCACUGUUGUCACCGUUGUCACCGUUGUCACCGUUGUUAAUGUUGUCACUGUUGUCACCGUUGUCAUUGUCGUCACCGUUGUCACUGUUGUCACUGUUGUCAUUGUGUCACUGUUGUCACUGUUGUCAGUGUUGUCACAGUUGUCACCGUUGUCACAGUUGUCACUGGUAUCACUGUUGUAACUGUUGUCACCGUUGUUACUGUUGUCACUGUUGUCACUGUUGUAAGAGUUGUCACCGUUGUCACUGUUGUCACUGUUCUUACUGUUGUCACUGUUGUCACCGUUGUCACCGUUGUCACUGUUGUCACUGUUGUCAUUGUUGUCACCGUUGCCACUGUCAAUGUUGUCACUGUUGUCACUGUUGUCACCGUUGUCACUGUUUUCACUGUUGUCACUGUUGUCACUGUUGUCACUGUUGUCAUUGUUGUCACUGUUGUCACUGUUGUCACCGUUGUCACUGUUGUCACUGUUGUCACCGUUGUCACUGUUGUCACCGUUGUCACUGUUGUCACUGUUGUCACAGUUGUCACCGUUGUCACUGUUGUCACUGUUGUCACUGUUGUCACUGUUGUCACCGUUGUCACUGUUGUCACUGUUGUCACCGUUGUCACUGUUGUCACUGUUGUCACCGUUGUCACUUUUGUCACUGUUGUCACUGUUGUCACCGUUGUCACUGUUGUCACUGUUGUCACUGUUGUCACCGUUGUCACUGUUGUCACUGUUGUCACUGUUGUCACUGUUGUCACUGUUGUCACCGUUGUCACUGUUGUCACUGUUGUCACUGUUGUCACCGUUGUCACUGUUGUCACUGUUUUCACUGUUGUUGCACUGUUGUCACUGUUGUCACCGUUGUCACCGUUGUCACUGUUGUCACCGUUGUCACUCUUGUCACUGUUGUCACUGUUGUCACCGUUGUCACUUGUUGUCACUGUUGUCACUGUUGUCACCGUUGUCACUGUUGUCACUGUUGUCACCGUUGUCACUGUUGUCACUGUUGUCACUGUUGUCACCAUUGUCACUGUUGUCACUGUUGUCACUGUUGUCACUGUUGUCACCGUUGUCACUGCUGUCACUGUUGUCACAGUUGUCACCGUUGUCACUGUUGUCACUGUUGUCACCGUUGUCACCGUUGUCACCGUUGUCACUGUUGUCACUGUUGUCACUGCUGUCACCAUUGUCACCGCUGUCACUGUUGUCACUGUGUUCAGUUUUGUCAGCGUUGUCACCGUUAACACUGUUUUCACUGUUAUCACCGUUGUCACUGUUCUCACCAUUGUCACUGUUGUCACUGUUGUCACUAUUGUCACUGUUGUCACUGUUGUCACAGUUGUCACCGUUGUCACUGCUGUCACCGUUGUCACUGUUGUCACUGCUGUCACUGCUGUCACUGUUGUCACAGUUGUCACCUUUGUCACCGUUGUCACUGCUGUCACUGUUGUCACAGUUGUCACCGUUGUCACUGUUUUCACUGUUGUCACCGUUGUCACUGUUGUCACUGUGGUCACUGCUGUCACCAAUGUCACCGCUGUCACUGUUGUCACUGUGUUCACUGUUGUCACCGUUGUCACCGUUAACACUGUUGUCACUGUUGUCACCGUUGUCACUGUUGUCACCGUUGUCACUGUUGUCACCGUUGUCACCAUUGUCACUGCUGUCACUGUUGUCACAGUUGUCACCAUUGUCACUGCUGUCACUGUUGUCACUGUCGUCACCGUUGUCAACGUUGUCACUGUUGUCACUGCUGUCACCAUUGUCACCGCUGUCACCGUUGUCACCGUUGUGGCUGUUGUCACUGUUGUCACCGUUGUCACUGUUGUCAUGGUUGUCACCGUUGUCACUGUUUUCACUGUUGUCACUGUUGUGACCGUUGUCGCUGUUGUUACCGUUGUCACGGUUGUCACUGUUGUAACUGAUUUCAGCGUUUUUACUGUUGUCACUGAUGUCACCGUUGUCACUUUUGUCACUGUUGUCACCGUUGUCACUGUGUUGACAGUUGUCAUUGUUGUCACAGUUGUCACUGUUGUCACCGUUGUCACUGCUGUCACCGUUGUCACCGUUGUCACUAUUGUUACUGUUGCCACCGUUGUUACUGUUGUCAGUGUUGUCACAAUUGUCACAGUUGUCACCGUUGUCACUGUUGUCACUGUUGUCACCGUUGUCACUGUUGUCACUGUUGUCACUGUUGUCACUGUUGUCACUGUUGUCACCGUUCUCACAGUUGUCACUGUUGUCACUGUUGUCACCAUUGUCACCUUGUCACUGAUGUCACUCUUGUCAGCCUAAUCACCGUUGUCACUCUUGUAAGAGUUGUCACCGUUGCCACUGUUGUCAGCGUUGUCAGAGUUGGCACCACUGUCACCGUUUUCACUGUUGUCACUGUUGUCACAGUUGUGAUCGUUGUCACUGUUGUCACCGUUGUCACUGUGUUGACAGUAGUCAUUGUUGUCACAGUUUUCACUGUUGUCACCGUUGUCACUGCUGUCACCGUUGUCACCGUUGUCACUAUUGUUACUGUUGUCAGUGUUGUCACAAUUGUCACAGUUGUCACCUUUGUUACUGUUGUCACUGUUGUCACCGUUGUCACAGUUGUCACUGUUGUCACUGUUGUCACCGUUGUCACUGCUGUCACUGUUGUCACUGCUGUCACUGUUGUCACUGUUGUGACUGUUGUCACCAUUGUCACUGCUUUCACUGUUGUCACAGUUGUCACCGUUGUGAUCGUUGUCACUCUUUUCAUUGUUGUCACAGUUGUCACUGUUGUCACCUUUGUCACUGCUGUCACCAUUCUCACCGUUGUCACUAUUGUUACUGUUGCCACCGUUGUUACUGUUGUCAGUGUUGUCACAAUUGUCACAGUUGUCACCUUGUCACUGUUGUCACUGUUGUCACCGUUGUCACAGUUGUCGCUGUUGUCACUCUUGUCACCCUUGUCACUGUUGUCACCGUUGUCACUGUUGUCACUGUUGUCACCGUUGUCACUGUUGUCACCAUUGUCACUGCUGUCACUGUUGUCACAGUUGUCACCGUUGUCACCGUUGUCAAUGUUGUCACUGUUGUCACAGUUGUCACUGUUGUCACCGUUGGCACCGUUGUCACAGUUGUCACUGUUGUCACUGUUGUCACCGUUGUCACCGUUGUCACUGCUGUCACUGUUGUCACCGUUGUCACUGUUGUCACAGUUGUCACCGUUGUCACUUUUGUCAGUGUUGUCACAGUUGUCACCGUUGUCACUGUUGUCACCGUUGUCACCGUUGUCACUGUUGUCACUGUUGUCACCUUUGUCACAGUUGUCACUGUUGUCACUGUUGUCACCGUUGUGACUGUUGUCACAGUUCUCACCGUUGUCACUGUUUGCACUGUUUCACUGUUGUCGCUGUUGUCACUGCUUUUACCGUUGUCACUAUUGUUACUGUUGUCACCGUUGUCACCGUUGUCACUGCUGUCACCGUUGUCACUGUUGUCACCGUUGUCACUGCUGUCACUGUUGUCACAGUUGUCACCUUUGUCGCCGUUGUCACUGCUGUCACUGUUGUCACACGUUGUCACUGUUUUUACUGUUGUCACCGUUGUCACUGUUGUCACCGUUGUCACUGUUGUCACCGUUGUCACCGUUGUCAGUGUUGUCACUGUUGUCACAGUUGUCACCAUUGUCACCGUUGUCACUGCUGUCAUAGUUGUCACCGUCACUGUUUUUACCAUUGUCAGUGUUGUUACCGUUGUCACAGUUGUCACUGUUGUCACUGAUUUCAGCGUUUUUACUGUUGUCACGGAUGUCACCGUUGUCACUUUUGUCACUGUUGUCACCGUUGUCACUGUGUUGACAGUUGUCAUUGUUGUCACAGUUGUCACUGUUGUCACCGUUGUCACUGCUGUCACCGUUGUCACUAUUGUUACUGUUGCCACCGUUGUUACUGUUGUCAGUGUUGUCACAGUUGUCACUGUUGUCACUGUUGUCACCGUUGUCACUGUUGUCACCGUUGUCACCGUUGUCACUGCUGUCACUGUUGUCACCGUUGUCACCGUUGUCACCGUUAUCACUUUUGUCAGUGUUGUCACCGUUGUCACUGUUGUCCCCGUUGUCACAGUUGUCACUGUUGUCACCGUUGUCACAGUUGACACUGUUGUCACCGUUGUCACUGUUGUCAGUGUUGUCUUUGUUUGCACUGUUGUCACCGUUGUCACUGUUGUCACUGCUUUUACCGUUGUCACUAUUGUUACUGUUGGGACCGUUGUCACUGUUGUCAGUGUUGUCACAGUUGUCACCGUUGUCACUGUUGUCACCGUUGUCACUGCUGUCACUGUUGUCACAGUUGUCACCGUUGUCAAUGUAUUCACUGUUGUCACCGUUGUCACCGUUGUCACUGUUGUCACUGUGGUGACUGCUGUCACCGUUGUCACCGCUGUCCUUGUUUGGACUGUUGUCACCGUUGUCACUGUUGUCACUUCUUUUACUGUUGUCACUAUUGUUACUGUUGGUACCGUUGUCACUGUUGUCAGUGUUGUCACAGUUGUCACCGUUGUCACCGUUGUCACUGUUGUCACUUUCGUCACUGCUGUCACCGUUGUCACCGCACUCACUGUUGUCACUGUGUUCACUGUUGUCACUGUUUUCACCGUUGUCACCGUUAACACUCUUGUCACUGGUGUCACCGUUGUCACUGUUGUCACCGUUGUCACUGUUGUCACCGUUGUCACUGUUGUCACUGUUGUCACUGCUGUCACUGUUGUCACAGUUGUGACCGUUUUCACCGUUGUCACUGCUGUCACUGGUGUCACAGUUGUCACCAUUGUCACUGUUUUCACUGUUGUCACCGCUGUCACUGUGGUCACUGUCGUCACUGGUGUCACUGCUGUCACCGCCGUCACAUUUGUCACCGUUGUCACUGUUGUCACCGUUGUCACUGUUGUCAUGGUUGUCAUCGUUGUCACUGUUUUCACUGUUGUCACUGUUUUGACCGUUGUCACUGUUUUUACCGUUGUCACGGUUGUCACUGUUGUCACUGAUUUCAGCGUUUUUACUGUUGUCACUGAUGUGACCGUUGUUACUUUUGUCACUGUUGUCACUGUUGUCACUGUGUUGACAGUUGUCAUUGUUGUCACAGUUGUCACUGUUGUCACCGUUAUCACUUUUGUCAGUGUUGUCACAGUUGUCAUUGUUGUCACUGUUGUCACUGUUGUCACCGUUUUCACCGUUGUCACUUUUGUCAGUGUUGUCAUAGUUGUCACCAGUGUCACUGUUGUCACCGUUGUCACUGUUGUCACCGUUGGCACUGUUGUCACCUUUGUCACUGUUGUCACUGCUGUCACUGUUGUCACAGUUGUCACCGUUGUCACUGUUGUCACUACUGUCACUGGUGUCACAGUUGUCACCAUUGUCACUGUUUUCACUGUUGUCACCGCUGUCACUUUUUGUUGUUGUGGCCGUUGUGGCGGUUGUCACUGUUGUCACCGUUGUCACCAUUGUUGCUUUUGUCACUGUUGUCACCGUUGUCGCCGUUAUCACUGUUGUUACAGUUCUCACCGUUGUCGCUGUUACUGUUGUCUCUUGUCACCUGUUGUCACUUUUGUUACCGUUGUCACGGUUAUCACUGUUGUCACUGAUUUCAGCGUUUUCACGGUUGUCACUGUUGUCACCGUUUUCACUGUGUUGACAGUUGUCAUUGUUGUCACAGUUGUCACUGUUGUCACCGUUGUCACUGCUGUCACCGUUGUCACUAUUGUUACUGUUGCCACUGUUCUCACUGUUGUCAGCAUUGUCAGUGGUGUCGCUGUUGUCCGUAUACGGGCGGCCUGGGGCCAUGACGGUAAGAAACCGCGAAAAUUUUCAAUUUAAGAUCGGACAACAAUUUAGAGGACGGUGAAGUCAUGUGCGAGACUCGCUUGUUAUUUCUGUCGCAGAAGGCUCAAUUACUGAAGAAGAGUUUCUUAUUUUUAUACGAAGAAUACCAAUCAGAGCAAUAAGGGUACAAAUUAAAGCUAGCUAGUUUUCAAAACUGUAGUCGAUGUUUUUAUUUGAACUUUCCUUUCCUAACCAACACGUUUUUAGUUAUAAAGAAACCUCUUCUUGAUAAAAAUACAGUUUUAAGUUAUAAAAAAGACUGCUACAAUCAUCACUUUUAGGCCCAGUUGAAACGGCAAACUUCUUAUGUGCCGAAAGUAAAGCACAAAUUACUAAAAUUUAUUUUCACUUGUUUAAAGCAUUCUAGACCAUUGAACAUCGUGAAAAUGAAUCGAGUUCGAUUACACUUUAAGUUCGACGCCUGAAUCAACCUCGAACCAUUUGGGUCGACCUAAAUAGGUAUUAAAUUCGUACAUGAAAAGAUUAACGUUUGAACUGGGCCUUACCUUUCUUUUCGGCAAUUUUCCUCUGCCAUGGUGGACGACACUAGGUAGAAAACAAGCAGUCGCCGUGCGGCCGCGAGCUAAGUUAUGAAUGAACUCAGACAUUUUUCCUUUUUUUUUCAUUUCACCGAUAGGUAAACACAAGCUAACGCAUAUUUAACCCAUUGCCUACUCAGCUUUAGAAGAAAAGUGAUAUUAACUAUGCAUGAACUCUUAUCGGUUUCACCGUCUCAGAAGGACGACGGUAAAACGUCACGCGUGUUUUGCGUGACGUGACAUCCAUCUAACCGUCCCAGGCGACCGUAGUCACCUAUCUUAAAGUCCCUACUGUUGUCACCGUUGUCGCCGUUGUCACUGUUGUCACCGUUGUCGCUGUUUUUGCUGUGUCCCUGUUGUCAUUGUUGUCGCUGUUGUCACUGUUGGGGCCGUUGUUACUGUUGUGGCGGUUGUCACCAUUGUCUUUGUUGUCGCUGUUUUCACUGUUGGCGUUGUUGUCACUGUUGUCGCUUUUGUCACUGUUGGCUCUGUUGUCACCGUAUAUUCACUGCGUUCACCGUGUGCGCUGUUGUCACUGUUGUCGCUGUUGCUACUGGUGGCUCUGAUUUUACUGUUGUCACUGUUCUAACUUUUGUCACUGUUGUCACAUUUGUCGUUGUUGUCACUGUUUUCGCUGUGUUCGCCUUUGUCAGUGUUUUCUCUGGUGUCAUUGCUGUCACUACCGACCUUAAGGUUAGGUGGACGGCGACAUAGAGGACGGUGACUUUGGCCGCGGCGGCUUGGGGAGGGACGACGUUGACUUGGCGAGAGAAACAAACUUUAAGUUGUAUUAGAGGUGACGGUCGAAGACGUUCUUUUAACUUUUUGAAGGUUCGAGAGAAAGAGUUCCCUGAAAGAGAUCCGAGAGAGUUUUUGGUCUACUUUGAUAUGAUGGUGUCAUAUUAGAUAAGGAAUUCGUUCUCUUGUACAAUGAAAUCUAGUUGAACGCUUUGUUACUCGAAAGAGAAUGUUCGUCACUUCAUUGAGCCUAUUUGCGAUCUACGUUUUGCCACAUUUUCCCACGCUCCACAAAUCUUAGGCGAACAAGGGGUGGUAAUCGAGCUUACACAGUUCUGGACUUGAAGCGGUAGGGUUCACUUACAAGAAUGUCUUUAGCAAGGUGAAAAUCGUGAACUUUACUCCACUCCACAUUCUUGAAAUAAGAACAAAUUAUUACGAUGGACAAUGCGCGCGAUAAACAAGCCAAGUUCCUUCAUCCUGCUGUCAAGGGGUAUAUUUUGUCGAAUAAAUGAACCUAUGAAUCCGUGAUUUCAUUUUGGCUUAUAACUUAAGCAGAGAAAAUGAACUAAAUACUUCCUGAAUAAAGAAAAGGGUAGAAGCCGAUGUUCACAUGAUGCGAGAAUAUUAAAUGUGAUAAUUUUAUCGCUGGGAAUUCUAAUCAUGCAGUUGUACCAUUUGGACAAUUCUGUGUGCUAUAUUCCGUCAUAAAAUAGUGUUAUAAUAAGUAAUUGAGAAAGCUUUACCAUUUGAAGUAAGCUAGACAUUUCAGAAACAGAUUAAAGCGGUAUUCUGUUAAGAUAAAGAUAUUUUGAAGACAAAAACACGAAGAGAAAGCUCACGUUCUCGAGACACCGCCGCACUCAGCUUUCGCACCGUCGCGACGUGCAAUCGACGUAGGUUGGACGGCUGAGAAAUAUGCAAAUUAGCCCCAAAUCGGGCAACUCUUACUUCAGGUUGCCGUCCUCCACCCUAACUUAAGGUCCGUACUGUUGGUAUUUUGAAGUGUUGACUUGUAUUUUCAAACCAUAUUAGUAUAUAAUAACCACAAAUAAUAAAGUGUGUCAUGGUCUUUUUUUUUUUGUAUUGCAGCUCUUCAGAAGAAGUCAAAGUAUCCGUAUUCACAUUGCUAUGUGUUACCAGCUCAGUUGAACAAGUUUUUACAGGAUUUUAAACUAAAAAGUACUCAGUUGUUUACCCUGAAGAGUCUUGGACCAGAGGCAACACCACUUGAUAAAUGGGGUUCUUUUCACAGUUUUCAUAGCAAAAUGUACUGUUGUUUAUUCUUUUUUACUUUAUAACCAGUCUCCUUUAUGUCGUGUUGUUCCUUGUUAUUUCCCUUUAUCAACAUUUUCCAAUGGAUGGUUAAGGCGUUAGCCUUAAAUAACCAUAUUCGAUUCAAGUUUUUUAAGUACUGGGGGAGCAAGGGUGGCAUUAAGGUGGUCCAGUAAUCGUCAUAGAUCUAGAUUUAGAUCUUGGCGCCGGUGAAGAAAUCACCUCCCAUCAGUGUAGCCUCGGUUAGAUCUUGGCCCGGAUGGGAGUUAAGAAAUUGUGGCUGGGGAGGUGUCGUUGAGACCCUGGGACCCUUAGCCUAUACCAGAGCUAGUUCAGCUAAAUUUUGCCACCGUAUCCUGGAGUAAACUCCCAAAAUUCCUCCGCCCUAUCUUUAACUCACAAUUUUCCCGGUUUCCCUCUAGAUUAAAGUCUUAAACUAAGUGACCAGUUUCCUUGGAAAUGUUACCCCAUUCUAGACUAAACCGCUUGAAAACCAUACCCUUCAGGGCAGUACAUACUCAUUCGGCCUAUAUAUGGCAGCACCCCCUGGAACUUGGAAAUGGUAGAUUAAUAGCCACUCUUUCAUCCCUUGGUCUUUACACCCAUUCACAUAUGAUGUUAAAGAUGAAGAUAAUGUUUGUCUUUCGCUAAUGAUGGUGUUGCCGCAAUUGCUAUUUAUGUUCAGUCCAUGAGGUGGAGUCUUUAGUAGGGUCUUGCAGUCACCUGUUGAAAAGACUGGGCAGAAAGGCACUACUUUUUUUCCCAGCAAACAGUUCCUACACGUAAUACACUCAGUCGAGACCACGUAGAGAUUUCCAGCAAGGAAUGUAAAACACGCUGUUCAAUAAAAAUACAUUUUUUAAAUCUUGUAUAUUUUUUUAUUUUUGUUUUCUCAAAAGAGAGGGUCCACUGAAAGCCGUAAUACAAGUAUAUCCAGAAGAUGCUAUAAAGAUUGAAGGCAGAGCUGUUUUAGUACAGGUGUAUGUACUUGUUACUUCAGCAUCACCUCUCAGGGUCUACCGAUACCGUGAAGAAGGACAUGUACUAUUGCAAAGUAACCAGCAGGUUUGUACCAUUGUAUGACUGAUUUUAUACGUGCAGUACUGACUCAUAGUGGCAAGAUGACUUUUGAUACCAGGACUUAAAAUAAUGGCUAGUUAAAGGACAGUGUCCGGCCAGAAUGGCGCCUUGACCGACCUUAAGCUCCACUCGCCGCUCAUGUUGACCGGCCACGCAGUUUCUUGUUCUUGAACAAACAGCCAAAUCCUCACGUGUAAAUCUUUUUGUCUCCAUAAAAAUACAAUUACGUUUACUAAUAUAAAAUAACGCGAGGAUUAGUUCUUCAGCAUGUGAAAACAGCCGUCUCUCCUUGCUUCUAGGCGCUUGGGAUGUUUUACCAGGAGAGACGUCUGCGCGUCAGCAACAGGAAUUCCAUACUGAUGACGUAGAUCAAUGUUUACAUAAUUUAUCCUGUAGUCGCGAGGUUAUUAGUGUAAAUUUGUUCCCUUUUUUUGUUUAUCCUGGACGAUUAUGGUAACGUUUUGUAUUUUUCUGGGAACAAGCAAAACGCAAAUGUUUCCUCCAAUAAACAAGAGUAUAUUCCACGAAUAUUGACUCUUUUGUAGUAAAUUUAUGGCGGUUACAUUUCACAUUUGUGGCGGUUUGUCUUUUGUCUGCCGUUCGCAAACAACAGCUAAAACAAUAUAACUACCACGUCGACCAAUCAGAGCUCCUGACCAGAUUCUGGACAGAUUUUACGUCAUCACUGUUGAAUUGCUGUCGCUGAGGCGCAGACGUCUCUCCUGGCGAAACGUCCGUAGCAGCGAGGACCGAGGCGGGACGGCUGUUUUCGCGGGCUAAGUAUUGCGCAGUAGCGGAUCCAGACCUUCAGAUAAGGAGGCCCUGGUCAUCCAGACCCUGAGAUAAGGGGGGGGUCUCAAAAAAAAUUUUUCGGCCCUUCGGGCCUCAGUUUGGUCUAAACAUAGGGGGGGGCGGCGGCCUCCCCAGGCCCCUCCCCUGGAUCCGCCACUGAUUGCGUACUGUUUUUAAUUUACUCAGAAUACGUUCAAGAAGUGGACCCUUGAAAAAUUUUUGCGGCACUUGGAAAAUUACUUCGGCAAAGACAAAGCCAACCAAGCAAUAGAGCGGAUGGAUGAACUUCUGGUGACAAUGUUGCUGUUAUUGGAACCAUCGCUGUUAAUUUACGUUACUAAUUUGACAGCGGGGAAACAAAGCUUUCGGUAUGCAUUGUGUGCAAUAGUCUGGAAUGAAUCUGUUAGUUACAGUGGAACCCCAAUACUGGAAUUGCUUGUAUUGGAAGGCUCAAAACUUAAGUGGUCAAACUACACUGUUACAUGUACUUUUAUUAAACCAGUCCUGAUUUAAGAGUGCCGUAUUACUGUGACUACAAUGACUAUGACUAUCACUAUGACUAUGACUGUGACUAUGACAGUGACUGUGACUGUGACUGUGACUGUGACUGUGACUAUGGCUGUGACUGUGACUAUGGUUGUGACUGACUGUGACUGUGACUGCAUGACGGUAACUGUGACUGUGACUGACUGUGGCUGUGACUGUGAUUGUGACUGCAUGACUGUAACUGUGACUGUGACUUUGACUGUGACUGCGACUGACUGUGACCGCUACUGUGACUGUGAAUCACUCGUACGAUUACAGACCAAAUUGGACUCCACUCAGUCCUAUUACCAUUAUCUAUUACCAUUAAUAAUGGUAAUAAGACUGACUGGACUCCAGUUCGGUCUGUAAUCAUACAAGUGAUGGAGUCCAUUUAAUCCCGAGUAAGAUUACAGACCGAAUUGGAACACACGAAGUCCUGUUACCAAUUAAUCAUAACCGUUACAAUUUCCCAGAAAAUAAAUGCAUCCUUUUUUAGUGAAAGAGCAUUUGAAUACCAAAUGUCCAAAAUUAGGAAAAAAAAUAUCACUGGCGGAGACCUAGUGUUACAAAUUCGUCCAUUUUGGAAAAUCGCCAGUUUAGUAGUGUAAGUGGUUGUUGUUAUGGUUAUUGUGAUAGCUUCUAUGAUUGGUGGAUUUAGCUGAAUGCGCUUAAUUUGAUUGGCUAAUGUAACUGUCCGAUUACAUCCACCCUAUACAAUGAUUAGUAAAAAAUAAAGCAGUUAAUGCACCAAUCAAAUUUGAGGAAAUUGUAAUAGUUAUGAUUAUGAUUAUUAUCAUUAUUGUUGUUGUUGUAAGAAGUAAGCACUGUUUUUUGUAACAUUGUGAAAAGUACCAAUGUAUUUGAUGCACAUAGAUUCAGUUAAAUAGUACCUAGAGAUGAGUGAGUAAUUUCAAAAUUGCACUCAUGCAUGAAAAGCGGGUACAGUAUGUUUUUAUGUUGAGUUGUUCCAUUUGUUUUUGUGUUAACCCUGCACAACCUGGACACAAAUACUAGUCAAUAUGUACUGGCUGUGUAAUGUGGAAUAUCAUUGACGGUGGACUAUUUCGUUUUCAUAUUUCAGGUGUAAGCGUUGUUUCCAGCCCCUUGAAGUCAGUUUUUUAUUCACCUCUACGCUUGAACCCGUCAUUUUGGAGGUAAGGAUUACCUUGUUACACUACCACUAAUUACUUCAUUCUGUUUAUUUUUCGUGUUUGGAAACUGUAACGCCAUGUAUUCUGAAGGCCAGUUACAAAAUAGUGUACGAUUCAGUUCGCAACAAGAAGAGUCUAUUACUCUCUAGUCGUUGCUUGUCAUUUCAUCAGUUUUUUUUCUGGUCAAGAGAAAUUUUGUAAAAUUGGGGUGAUUGUGUUCAUGGGCGUGCUACGUAACAUGAAGGUAAAGUGUGACCUGUUGCGUCGAAAAAAAAUUAAAUUUUUUUAUUGCAAGAAGUCACGGUUCAUUUUCUCUUCUACGCUAGUCACCGUUACGUUUCAUGCUUAUAUGGCUUAGUAAGCCGAUUAAAUCGUAAGUGCUCAGCGGACAUAACAAAAACUUUAAACAUGUACUCUCUCUUUAGAGUUUUUUUUACAUUGCGUUUCUACCAGUACCCAUUCAAAAAAUUUCUUUGUUAUUCAACGCAACUCGAUAACAAAGUUUUUUAGCUUCCAGAAAGUUAUACCAACCAACAGGUCCAUGGGGUUAAUGAACCUGCUUUCAAAAUUUUGUUUAAUCUCAAUCAAUUUUCUUUGAAUAGGUUAAAGAUGUUGCGUUUGGCGAGAUCUCUCCUAGAACAAUUCGAGACACUGUCAAUGUACUAUUUAACCUUUCUUCAAGUCAUGCCUUGUCGCAGGAGACUUAUCAGACUUUACAACUCUUGAAGCAAAAACAAAUACUCAAGGUAACUUAUGUAACUAUUAAGCCAGUUUGUAGCAUUUUUAAAAAGGUGAUAUCCUAAACGUUUUUACGGCCGCGUAAGACGCAGCAAAUUUACAUUUGGGCCGAACUCAAAAUUAGACGAAAUCAUCAUUUCCAAAAUUCUGAAUAACAAGUAGUAUAACUGCGAUGACCUUCUUUUAUUUAAUCCUUCACCCCGGAGUUCCUUUAUAUGAUUUUCAUAUAUUCAUUAUUUCAGAGCCUUGUUCCUUCUCUGGCGGUGUCUUUAACUUGCGCAAGGCAGGGGGAGGGGGGUUGUUCCCUUGGGUCACAUCAUCUGCCUGGUCUUUUGUCCGUAUUUAUAUCAGACAAAAAGGAGACAAAGAAAACUGUUAGUCCUAGGUGAAUGACCAGGAAGCUGUGGUUUACGGUCAUCUCGCCACCAACGAAAUUGUUUCGCAACCAGUGAUUAACUCUGGAAUAAUUAGCACAGUUUAAUUCCCAGGAUUACUUACUCAAAAUGUUUACUUUUUCUUGAAACUUAUUCGAAUUUUAAGUCGACCCAAACACUGGUCUGUCGAUGCUAACUGACGAUCCUUGCGUCGAACUUCUCAUGCUCUUUGUGCUUUACAUACCGGUAACAGGCUCGGUGAAUGUAAACUUUAACAUUUGAGAGAUUUUCAAAAUAAACUGGCAGUAAAGUUUCACAACCACCUGUCAUUUCUUUGCAAUAUAAUAAAGUAACGGUUAAGAACGGAUUUCUUUUCAUAAACGUUCAUUUCAUUUGUUGAAUAUUAUUGAGAACAAUAAAGCUAAGUUCUAUUCGUAGUGGGGAUUUCGUUGGUAGCGAGAUCGUUUUCUGGCGAGGUGACCGGAUACCGUUUCUCUGUACUGGACAACCCGUAACCCUUCCACUUCCAGAGUGAAAGCAUUACUGUGAUGUAGAAGUUGAUUAAUAUUAAAUUGUCAUUAAAGAACAGCCAGUGUAAUCAAUCAAAGAAGAAGUGCUUGACAGAUGACUUCCUGGAGUAUUUACUACAAACUAAACAAGAAGAACUUCAUAUCGGGAACUUUAAACGGGUAUGUUGCCAAAAAAUUAGUCAGUUCGUGACAAUAACAAACAAUGAGACUAGUCGCGAUCGUAAAGUUUCAUCGCGCGCUGGGGAGGAUUGCAUGACGAGUCAAAAGAACGUCUGCUUAAUUGGGAGGUUAAAAAUGAUGCUCCAGUUAGCACCCGAGCCACCUACUGUGGAACGCCGCGGUACGGCCACCUCAGUAAUACGGUUACCUCGUUAUUUCGGCCACCUUUUUUCGGCCCAGCAAAACGACCAUACAUUUCCUUACUUAAAAAAAACCGUUAAUGCGAUCAGCCGCGUUAGUUCUUCUGUAGCAUAACAAAGUGUAGUGACGAUUGCUAAGGGGAUUUGGCGCGCAAGGAUAAUGCAGGGCACGCGAGGAAGGAGGGAUUCCUCACGCGCAUUAAUUCCCUCGUUCCUCCUCCCCUUCAAUAGAGAGUUUACGCUUCACGUAUACGGCAAAUUCAAGUAGAGAAUUUUUCAAAAUAGAAAAUGAGCAGCUAAAAACAGCUCAAAGCAACUCUUAUGGAUAAAAAUUGCGAGAAACUACUAAUUUCUGUGUAGAUUAAGAAAUAAUGAACAGUAAACAACAAUGAAAGGGAAGGCUUGGUCACGUGGUACAAAUUCGCGUUUGCCAUUUGACGUAAACGUGAUGCUUAACCUCUCUACUACCAGCAGGCCACUCAGGGAGAUGUAUAUGCUACAUAUAUGAGAAUUAAACAGUAUCACUAAAUGUUCCUCUUUUUCCCCUUUCACAGCUUUACCCCACAGUAGAUGGCCUUAAAUACAAAGCCCUGAUGUCAGAGUUAGUUGACACUGGGGUUGAUCUGCACAAUAGACAUACGUCAACACCUGAUGUACAUGAUAUUUUAACUUUUUUUGUAACACAGACAUCUACAAAGACAUGGUAGGUGAAUUGCGUUGAAGUUGUUAUAUCAUUCUCUUCAUCAUUUUUAAGGCCCCUCUAAAAGAUGAAACUUUUUUGUCAAGCGUCGCGUUUGAGGAACCUGUUUGACUAUUUAUCCGUCUCUCUGAACUUUGCAUUUACAUUUGGUUUUCCAUGUUCAAACAUUCUUAUCCUCCUUCCGACAUUUUUUGUCAUGAAGAAAUCUGUGAUCGUUAAACAGCAUUUUUUCAGCCGUUUUGAUAGAAGGUUGUGAAGGGAUCAAAUAUCCCUCUACUCCUUAUGUUGUAUAGAAAUAGAGGCAGGUGUUUUAUCCGAUAAAGUGUGGCAUAACUUGUGGAUUUCUCUAGAGCCUGAUUUUGGAGGUAGUAAAUGAUGGGUGGCACAUUAUCCAGGUAAAAGAAAACUUAACUCGUCAUGGUUUCUUUCAGGAGUCAGCAAGAAGGGGUCAGUUUAUCAGAUAGAAGACUUGAAAAUCCCGGAGUGCCAAAAGGUGCAUCACAGUGAAUUCAUUUCGUUAUUGUGCUAAACAGUUUGGAGGCUUUCACUUGCUUUAAUGGGAAAUAAAUUCACAGACACUUUCAAAACCGCGCGCCAUUUUGAACAAAACAAAGAAAACAAGUUUCCCAUGACGUCAUCCAUGUAUCUUGCUCUAAUAGAUCAUGGGGAACGACCAAUCACAGCGGGCGUAGCAUUCACAUCCCUGUAUAAUUAAAACUUUGGCGACUUAGUUUUAUCUUUAACUCGUUUAAGAAAGUUGCUUGUCGAAAUUCUGUGGGUAAGUUUCACUGUUCCAAAACUUGCCUCCACUGUAUAAAAAAAACUUCUCUUCAGAUAAUCAGUGCGAGGUUGUCUUAUGUUAAGCAAAAAGAAUACCCAGCUUGAAAAAGGAGCCCACAUGCGCCUCAGUUCUUUGGUAAUUAGGGUGCGUACUCUACACGUUUCAUGUGGACACCGAAGCAUUUGAAUAUUAAUCUUUUUGCUGUGACGAUUCUGUGAUAUAAUCUGAUUAUAGGUUCAUUGGAGGAAGAUGACUGCAAUGAUGGUAAGAUUUCUCAAUAUGUUAAUUUCGCUCAGGCAUAAAAUGCUCGGGGGGGGGGAGGUUACUCCUGGGAAUUCUUGGUGGGGGUGUGCAGCCCGGUUCUCCUAAUCCUGACCCUAUUUCAGACUAAAAAAUGUCACUUUUCACACCCGUAUUCAGACCUGCCCUCUACAAUCCAUACUCAUUCUCAGACCUGGCCUUUACGAAAUUGUCAUCAUUAUUUAGAUUGGAACAGCAACAAAAAACAGUUCUUAAAAUCCAUUUCGAAUUCGCUUAUUUCUCUUUCUUUCUUUCUCAUUUGGUAUUGAAACAAGAAAUACGUUCGUACACUCCUGUAGUACCCUUAGAUACCAUACCCGAUUCCAUACCGACAUGAUCAAAGUCUAUAUCUGUUUUCAGACCAAAACGGCGCAAAAACCAUACACUUUGGGGCGGCAAAUACCUAUAUGGCUUAUAUAGGGGAUUACGCCCCCCCCGGCCAACAAAUUAUUUAUGCAAUUCUGGCCGUUUUGUCCUACAGGGGACAGAAGGUCAAAUUUCUAUCAUCGGAUUUACCGUUGUGUACAAUAUUUUUUCUAAGCGAAAAAUAAAAUUUUGAAUUUUAUAUCUGCAAUGCAUUUCUCUACUCUAAAUCACGUAAAGAUGUGACACUAUUCUGUAAUAUUUUAUGUAUAGUACUGUUAGUCACAGUAAUGUCAUACUGCAAUCACCCAGACGAUCAUGCUCCUCCUACUUUUAUGUAAUCUUUAGAGCCAGAUGUAGUCCCGGUAUUAAGAGAGUUCUAUACUCGGCCAUCAGUCCUACUUCAACCGCAAUUUAGCAGUGAUUUGCUCAGCUACCAGGCAACUGUGUCAUUUGAUACCAUGGUUUUGAAGAUUUGGGGCAAAUCGUCUACAUGUCAAUCCGACAUCCGUGUUAACACCAAACAUGACAACAGCAAGUAAGUAAAGUUUGUUUAACAGUCAUGAUCAGCUCUCUUCAAUCGGGGCGGACACCGGUCUGAUCGGCACUAAGGCCUAGGCCAAACGUCCAACUUUCCAUGAGACGAACCAAACUCUAAUUUGGGUCGACCUAAAUUAAGUUAGAUCGUCUGUGGAUCAGAGGAGAGAAAAAUUGUCCAUCUCCCUCUUCCCUUCCUUGCCCCAUUCUUUUCCCCUAACGCCUUCCUCACCUCCCUCAAGGGUUGUGAUUUCUGCUUUCCCCAAUCUUCAUCAGCGAUAAAAUCAAAUAUGGCGGUCCCGACAUUACAGACAUAAACAAACAGCUUUCCCUUACCCAGAAACUACGCCUUCAUCGCGGGCUGCUGUAGUUGGGUUUCUUUCUUCGUCUCCCUUUUUUCAUGAUUUUCGCUGCCACCUGGCCUUUGAAAUCAAGUGAGAAUCUGUCUCUUUCAGAUCAGCGAACCAUUCACUCGGUGUUGGCUGGAACAAGUUUUCUAUUUUUGUAAUUGAUACCCGCCAUCCUUCACCCUCCAUAGUGACUACAUACAGUGUGUUUGUGUUUCGUAAACGACGAUCGGAAAUGGAGAGGGCAUUUAACGGGGACUCCACCCAUCAAGUCUGCACGCAUCAUCAGGUAUUGUAGACCCGGGGUGCGACUCCCUUAUGAAAGUGACGGGGAUGCUCGUCGUCUCGCUUUGGCGUGAAAAUUGCAUAUUUUGGUUUCAAUUACGGUAUUUGGAAUGGAAAGUCAACAUAUUUGCCCAUUCAGGUAUCGCUUAUUGCUGAGCAUAAAAACUGCCCUGACACUAACCACACAGUAAUCUCCCUUAGGGGUCAGUUUAAUUUCGAGCCACACCCACAUUGGUCUCCCUUACGGAUUCAAUGUGAAUUUUCCGACGAGCAUCCCCGUCAGUUUUAUAUGGGAGUCUCCCCGGGAUCUUAGAGGGUCCCCAAUAGGUUUUUCGGGAUCCGGGAUUUUCCUUAUUUAAGGUUCGGGAUUCGGGAUUGUAAAGCAAAGUCAGGGCGGCAUUCGGGAAUGAAAGUAUGCGCGGAAGGUGGGAUGCCAAAAGUAACCCUUGGGAUUACUGAAUUGCACGAAAUUUUGGUUCGGGAUUACCGGAUUGAAGAACCCAAAGGGGAUUGGGAAGGCAGCGUGAUAAGAACAAACAAGGAGCCGAGUUGGCAGCCUGCAAGCAAGUUCUUGAUUUCGACUGGCGCGGGGUGGAGGGGAAGGGGCAAAAAAAGUCCUCUUCCCCUGAUCACUGGCUCUUGGGUUUGUUGGCUGGUGACUUGUUUCUCGGUUGCCUUCACCUUCAUACAGACCCACGGAUUCAUUAAUUCAGUCUACAGAUCCACCGUUCUAGCGAUCUACCGAGCCACUGAUCUGCAGAUCCACCGAUCAACGGAUCUACUAAUUCCACCGAUCUACAGACCUACUGAUCCAUUAAUCUACAGAUUCGCCGAUCUAGCGAUCUACAAAUCCACUCACGAUCCAUUGUUCUAAAGAUCCACCGAUCCACCGAUCCACCGUUCUACAGAUCUACGGAUCCGGUGACCUACAAAUCCACCCAUCUAGCAAUCAACCAAUCCAUCGAUCUACAGAUCAACCGAUCUAGCGAUCUACAAAUCUACUGACCAUCCAUUGUUCUACAGAUUCACCGAUCCACCGUUCUACACAACUACAGAUCCAUUGAUCUACGGCUCCACCAAUCUACCGAUCCACAGACCCAUCGAUCUACAGAUCCACUGAUCCGUUGCUCUACAGAUCCAACGAUCCAGCGAUCCACCGAUCCAUCGAUCUACACAUCCACCGAUCUAGCGAUCAACCAAACUACAGAUCUACUGAUCCAUUGAUCUACAGAUCCACAGAUCUAGCGAUCUACCAAACUACAGAUCUACUGAUCCAUUGAUCUACAGAUCCACCGAUCUAGCGAUCUAGCAAACUACGAUCUAUUGAUCCAUUGAUCUACAGAUGCAGUGAUCUAGCGAUCCACCGAUCUAGCGAUCUAGCGAUCAACCAAAGCACAGAUCUAUUAAUCCAUUGAUCUACAGAUCCAGCCACUUAGCGAUCCACCCAUCUAGUGAUCUAGCGAUCCAGAAAAGUACAGAUCUAUUGAUCCAUUCAUCUACAGAGCCAGCGAUCUAGCGAUCCACAAAAGUACAAAUCUAUUGAUCUAUUGAUCUACACAUCCAGCGAUCUAGCGAUCCACCGAACUAGAAAUCUAUUGAUCUAUUCAUCUACAGAUCCAGCGAUCUAGCGAUCCACCGAUCUAGCGAUCCACCGAUCUAGCCAUCCACAAAAGUACAAAUCACUUGAUCCAUUGAUCUAAAGAUCCAGCGAUGUAGCAAUCCAUUAAAGUACAGAUCUAUUGAUCCAUUGAUCUACAGAUCCAGUGAUCUAGCGAUUCACCGAUCUACCGAUCUACCGAUCAACCAAAGCACAGAUCUAUUAAUCCAUUGAUCUACAGAUCCAGCGACUUAGCGAUCCACAAAAGUACAGAUCUAUUGAUCCAUUGAUCUACAAAGCCAGCGAUCUUGCGAUCAACCGAUGUAGCGAUCCACAAAAGUACAAAUCUAUUGAUCCGUUGAUCUACAGAUCGAGCGAUCAAGCGAUCCACCUAAGUACAGAUCUAUUGAUCCAUUAAUCUACAGAUCCAGUGAUCUAGCGAUCCACCGAUCUAGCGAUCCACCAAAGUACACAUCUAUUGAUCCAUUCAUCUACAGAGCCAGCGAUCUAGCGAUCCACAAAAGUACAAAUCUAUUGAGCCAUUGAUCUACAUAUCCAGCGAUCUAGCGAUCCACCGAUCUAGUGAAAGAGGGAUCCACCGAAGUACACAUCUAUUGAUCCAUUCAUCUACAGAGCCAGCGAUCUAGCGAUCCACCGAUCUAGCGAUCCACAAAAGUACAAAUCUAUUGAUCCAUUGAUCUACAGAUCCAGCGACUUUGUGAUCCACCCAUCUAGUGAUCUAGCGAUCCACAAAAGUACAGAUCUAUUGAUCCAUUCAUCUACAAAGCCAGCGAUCUAGCGGUCCACCGAUCUAGCGAUCCACAAAAGUACAAAUCUAUUAAUCCAUUGAUCUACAGAUCUAACGAUCUAGCGAUCCACCGAACUAGAAAUCUAUUGAUCCAUUGAUCUAUAGAUCCAGCGAUCUAGCGAUCCACCAAAGUACAGAUCUAUUGAUCCAUUGAUCUACAGUCCCAGUGAUCUAGAUCGAUCCAUCUAGUGAUAUAGCGAUUCACCAAAGCAAUCUAUUGAUCCAUUCAUCAACGAUCAGCGAAGCACUAGAUCUAUUGAUCCAUUCAUCUCUACAGAUCCAGCGAUCUAGCAAUCCACUGAUCUAGCGAUCCACAAAAUACAAAUCUAUUGAUCCAUUCAUCUAAAGAUCCAGCGAUCUAGCGAUUCAUUACAAAUCUAUUGAUCCAUUGAUCUACAGAUCCAGCGAUCUAGUGAUCCACCGAACUAGAAAUCUAUUGAUCCAUUGAUCUACAGAUCCAGCGAUCUAGCGAUCCAGCGAUCUUGCGAUCCACAAAAGUACAAAUCUAUUGAUCCAUUGAUCUAAAGAUCCAGCGAUCUAUCGAUUUAUUAAAGUACAGAUCUAUUGAUCCAUUGAUCUACAGAUCGAGUGAUCUAGCGAUCCACCGAUCUAGCGAACUAGCGAUCAACCAAAGCACAGAUCUAUUGAUCCAUUGAUCUACAGAUCCAGCGACCUAGCGAUCCACCAAAGUACAGAUCUAUUGAUCCAUUCAUCUACAGAUCCAGUGAUCUAGCGAUCCACCGAUUUAGCGAUCCAGCGAUCAACCAAAGCACAGAUCUAUUGAUAUAUUCAUCUACAGAGCCAGCGAUCUAGCGAUCCACAAAAAAUACAAAUCUAUUGAUCCAUUGAUCUACAGAUCCAGCGAUCUAGCGAUCCACCGAACUAGAAAUCUAUUUAUCCAUUGAUCUACAGAUCCAGCGAUCUAGCGAUCCACCGAUCUAGCGAUCCACAAAAGUACAAAUCUAUUGAUCCAUUGACCUACAGAUCCAGCGAUCUAGCGAUCCACCGAUCUACAGAUCUAUUGAUCCAUUGAUCUACACAUCCAGUGAUCUAGCGAUCCACCGAUCUAGCGAUCUAGAGAUCUAGCGAUCAACAAAAACCACAGAUCUAUUCAUCCAUUCAUCUACAGAGCCAGCGAUCUAGCGAUCCAUCGAUCUAGAAAAAAGUACAAAUCUAUUAAUCCAUUGAUCUACAGCGAUCCAGCGAUCUAGCGAUCCACCAAAACUAGAAAUCUAUUGAUCCAUUGAUCUAUAGAUCCAGCGAUCUAGCGAUCCACCAAAGUACAGAUCUAUUGAUCCAUUGAUCUACAGUCCCAGUGAUCUAGCGAUCCACCGACCGAGCGAUCUAGCGAUCAACCAAAGCACAGAUCUAUUGAUCCAUUCAUCUCUAGAGCCAGCGAUCUAGCAAUGCACUGAUCUAGCGAUCCACAAAAAAUACAAAUCUAUUGAUUCCUUCAUCUACAGAUCCAGCGAUCUAGCGAUCCACAAAAGUGCAAAUCUAUUGAUCCAUUGAUCUACAGAUCCAGGGAUCUAGCGAUCCACCAAAGUACAGAUCUAUUGAUCCAUUGAUCUACAGUCCCAGUGAUCUAGCGAUCCACCGACCGAGCAAUCUAGCGAUCAGCCAAAGCACAGAUCUAUUGAUCCAUUCAUCUCUAGAGCCAGCGAUCUAGCAAUCCACUGAUCUAGCGAUCCACAAAAAAUACAAAUCUAUUGAUUCCUUCAUCUACAGAUCCAGCGAUCUAGCGAUCCACAAAAGUACAAAUCUAUUGAUCCAUUGAUCUACAGAUCCAGCGAUCUAGUGAUCCACCGAACUAGAAAUCUAUUGAUCCAUUGAUCUACAGAUCCAGCGAUCUAGCGAUCCAGCGAUCUUGCGAUCCACAAAAGUACAAAUCUAUUGAUCCAUUGAUCUAAAGAUCCAGCGAUCUAUCGAUUUAUUAAAGUACAGAUCUAUUGAUCCAUUGAUCUACAGAUCCAGCGAUCUAGCGAUCCACCGAUCUAGCGAUCCACAAAAGUACAAAUCUAUUGAUCCAUUGAUCUACAGAUCCAGCGAUCUAGCGAUCCACCAAAGUACAGAUCUAUUGAUCCAUUGAUCUACAGAUCCAGUGAUCUAGCGAUCCACCGAUCUAGCGAUCCAGCGAUCAACCAAAGCAAAGAUCUAUUGAUAUAUUCAUCUACACAGCCAGCGAUCUAGCGAUCCACAAAAAAUACAAAUCUAUUGAUCCAUUGAUCUACAGAUCCAGCGAUCUAGCGAUCCACCGAACUAGAAAUCUAUUUAUCUAUUGAUCUACAGAUCCAGGAUCCACCGAUCUAGCGAUCCAGAAAAGUACAAAUCUAUUGAUCCAUUGAUCUACAGAUCCAGCGAUCUAGCGAUCCACCAAAGUACAGAUCUAUUGAUCCAUUGAUCUACAGAUCCAGUGAUCUAGCGAUCCACCGAUCUAGGGAUCUAGGGAUCUAGCGAUCAACUAAACCACAGAUCUAUUCAUCCAUUCAUCUACAGAGCCAGCGAUCUAGCGAUCCACGAAAGUACAAAUCUAUUAAUCCAUUGAUCUACAGAUCUAGCGAUCUAGCGAUCCACCGAACUAGAAAUCUAUUGCUCCAUUGAUCUAUAGAUCCAGCGAUCUAGCGAUCCACCAAAGUACAGAUCUAUUGAUCCAUUGAUCUACAGUCCCAGUGAUCUAGCGAUCCACCGACCGAGCGAUCUAGCGAUCAACCAAAGCACAGAUCUAUUGAUCCAUUCAUCUCUAGAGCCAGCGAUCUAGCAAUCCACUGAUCUAGCGAUCCACAAAAAUGCAAAUCUAUUGAUUCCUUCAUCUACAGAUCCAGCGAUCUAGCGAUCCACAAAAGUGCAAAUCUAUUGAUCCAUUGAUCUACAGAUCCAGGGAUCUAGCGAUCCACCAAAGUACAGAUCUAUUGAUCAAUUGAUGUACAGAACCAGUGAUCUUGCGAUCCACCACUGUAGCGAUCUAGCGAUCAACCAAAGCACAGAUCUAUUGAUCCAUUGAUCUACAUUUCCAGCGAUGUAGCGAUCCACUUAGGUACAGAUCCAUUGAUCCAUUGAUCUACAGAUUCCUUGAUCUGAUCUAGCGAUCCAGCGAUCAACGAAAGCACAGAUCUAUUGAUAUAUUCAUCUACAGAGUCAGCGAUCUAGCGAUCCACCGAUCUAGCGAUCCACAAAAAAUAAAAAUCUAUUGAUCCAUUGAUCUACAGAUCAAGCGAUCUGGCGAUCCACCAAAGUACAGAGCUAUUGAUCCAUUAAUCUACAGAUUCAGUGAUGUAGCGAUUCACCGAUCUAGCGUUCUAGCGAUCAACCAAAGCACAGAUCUAUUAAUCCAUUGAUCUACAGAUCCAGCGACUUAGCGAUCCACCCAUCUAGUGAUCUAGCGAUCCACUCAAGUACAGAUCUAUUGAUCCAUUGAUCUACAGAUCCAGUGAUCUAGCGAUCCACCGAUCUAGCGAUCAACCAAAGCUCAGAUCUAUUGAUCCAUUGAUCUACAUAUCCAGCGAUCUAGCGAUCCACCGAUCUAGUGAUAUAGCGAUCGACCAAAGUACACAUCUAUUGAUCCAUUCAUCUACAGAGCCAGCGAUCUAGCGAUCCACCGAUGUAGUGAUCCACCGAUCUAGCGAUCCACAAAAGUACAAAUCUAUUGAUCCAUUGAUCUACAGAUCCAGCGAUCUAGUGAUCCACCGAACUAGAAAUCUAUUGAUCCAUUGAUCUACAGAUCCAGCGAUCUAGCGAUCCACAAAAGUACAAAUCUAUUGAUCCAUUGAUCUAAAGAUCCAGCGAUCUAUCGAUUUAUUAAAGUACAGAUCUAUUGAUCCAUUGAUCUACAGAUCCAGUGAUCUAGCGAUCCACCGAUCUAGCGAACUAGCGAUCAACCAAAGCACAGAUCUAUUGAUAUAUUCAUCAACAGAGCCAGUGAUCUAGCGAUCCACCGUUCUAGCGAUCCAGAAAAAAUACAAAUCUAUUGAUCCAUUGAUCUACAGAUCCAGCGAUCUAGCGAUCCACAAAAGUACAAAUCUAUUGAUCCAUUGAUCUACAGAUCCAGGGAUCUAGCGAUCCACCAAAGUACAGAUCUAUUGAUCCAUUGAUCUAGAGAACCAGUGAUCUAGCGAUCCACCGAUGUAGCGAUCUAGCGAUCAACGAAAGCACAGAUCUAUUGAUCCAUUGAUCUACAUUUCCAGCGAUCUAGCGAUCCACUUAAGUACAGAUCUAUUGAUCCAUUGAUCUACAGAUCCAGUGAUCUAGCGAUGCACCGAUCUAGCGAUCCAGCGAUCAACGAAAGCACAGAUCUAUUGAUAUAUUCAUCUAAAGAGCCAGCGAUCUAGUGAUCCACCGAUCUAGCGAUCCACAAAAAAUAAAAAUCUAUUGAUCCAUUGAUCUACAGAUCAAGCGAUCUGGCGAUCCACCAAAGUACAGAUCUAUUGAUUCAUUAAUCUACAGAUUCAGUGAUGUAGCGAUUCACCGAUCUAGCGUUCUAGCGAUCAAGCAAAGCACAGAUCUAUUAAUCCAUUGAUCUACAGAUCCAGCGACUUAGCGAUCCACCCAUCUAGUGAUCUAGCAAUCCACACAAGUACAGAUCUAUUGAUCCAUUCAUCUACAAAGCCAAAGAUCUAGCGGUCCACCGAUCUGGCGAUCCACAAAAGUACAAAUCUAUUGAUCCAUAUAUCUACAGAUCCAGCGAUAAAUUGAUCCACCUAAGUACAGAUCUAUUGAUCCAUUGAUCUACAGAUCCAGUGAUCUAGCGAUCCACUGAUCUAGCGAUCUAGCGAUCAACCAAAGCACAGAUCUAUUGAUCCAUUGAUCUACAGAUCCAGCGAUCUAGCGAUCCACCGAACUAGUGAUAUAGCAAUCCACAAAAGUACACAUCUAUUGAUCCAUUCAUCUACAGAGCCAGCGAUCUAGCGAUCCACCGAACUAGAAAUCUAUUGAUCCAUUGAUCAAGAGAUCCAGCGAUCUAGCGAUCCACUGAUCUAGGGAUCCACAAAAGUACAAAUCUAUUGAUCCAUUGAUCUAAAGAUCCAGCGAUCUAGCGAUUCAUUAAAGUACAGAACUAUUGAUCCAUUGAUCUACAGAUCCAGUGAUCUAGCGAUUCACCGAUCUAGCGAUCUAGCGAUCAAACAAAGCACAGAUCUAUUGAUCCAUUCAUCUACAGAGCCAGCGAUCUAGGGAUCCACCGAUCUAGGGAUCCACAAAAGUACAAAUCUGUUGAUCCAGCGAUCUAGGGAUCCACCGAACUAGAAAUUUAUUGAUCCAUUGAUCUACAGAUCCAGCGAUCUAGCGAUCCACCGAUCUAGCGAUCCACAAAAAAUACAAAUCUAUUGAUCCAUUGAUCUACAGAUCCAGCAAUCUAGCGAUCCACCGAACUAGAAAUCUAUUUAUCCAUUGAUCUACAGAUCCAGCGAUCUAGCGAUCCACCGAUCUAGCGAUCCACAAAAGUACAAAUCAAUUGAUCCAUUGAUCUAAAGAUCCAGCGAUGUAGCGAUCCAUUAAAGUACAGAUCUAUUGAUCCAUUGAUCUACAGAUCCAGUGAUCUAGCGAUUCUCCGAUCUAGCGAUCUAACGAUCAACCAAAGCACAGUUCUAUUGAUCCAUUCAUCUACAGAGCCAGCGAUCUAGCGAUCCACCGAUCUAGCGAUCCACAAAAGUACAAAUCUAUUGAUCCAGCGAUCUAGGGAUCCACCGAACUAGAAAUCUAUUGAUCCAUUGAUCUACAGAUCCAGCGAUCUAGCGAUCCACCAAAGUAAAGAUCUAUUCAUCCAUUGAUCUACUAUUCCAGUAAUCUAGCGAUCCACCGAUCUAGCGAUCUAGCGAUCAACCAAAGCACAGAUCUAUUGAUCUAUUGAUCUACAUAUCCAGCGAUCUAGCGAUCCACCAAAGUACAGAUCUAUUGAUCCAUUGAUCUACAGAUCCAGUGAUCUAGCGAUCCAGCGAUCAACCAAAGCACAGAUCUAUUGAUAUAUUCAUCUACAGAGCCAAGGAUCUAGCGAUCCACAAAAAAUACAAAUCUAUUGAUCCAUUGAUCUACAGAUCCAGCGAUCUAGCGAUCCACCGAACUAGAAAUCUAUUUAUCCAUUGAUCUACAGAUCCAGCGAUCUAGCGAUCCAGAAAAGUACAAAUCUAUUGAUCCAUUGAUCUACAGAUCCAGCGAUCAAGGGAUCCACCAAAGUACAGAUCUAUUGAUCCAUUGAUCUACAGAUCCACUGACCUAGCGAUCCACUGAUCUAGCGAUCUAGCGAUCAACCAAAGCACAGAUCUAUUGAUCCAUUGAUCUACAGAUCCAGCGAUCUAGCGAUCCACCGAUCUAGUGAUAUAGCGAUCCACAAAAGUACACAUCUGUUGAUCCAUUCAUCUACAGAGCCAGCGAUCUAGCUGUCCACCGAACUAGAAAUCUAUUGAUCCAUUGAUCAAGAGAUCCAGCGAUCUAGCGAUCCACUGAUCUAGGGAUCCACAAAAGUACAAAUCUAUUGAUCCAUUGAUCUAAAGAUCCAGCGAUCUAGCGAUUCAUUAAAGUACAGAUCUAUUGAUCCAUUGAUCUACAGAUCCAGUGAUCUAGCGAUUCACCGAUCUAGCGAUCUAACGAUCAACCAAAGCACAGUUCUAUUGAUCCAUUCAUCUACAGAGCCAGCGAUCUAGCGAUCCACCGAUCCAGCGAUCCACUAAAGUACCAAUCUGUUGAUCCAGCGAUCUAGGGAUCCACCGAACUAGAAAUCUAUUGAUCCAUUGAUCUACAGAUCCAGCGAUCUAGCGAUCCACCGAUCUAGCGAUCCACAAAAGUACUAAUCUAUUGAUCCAUUGAUCUACAGAUCCAGCGAUCUAGCGAUCCACCAAAGUAAAGAUCUAUUGAUCCAUUGAUCUACAGAUCCAGUGAUCUAGCGAUCCACUGAUCUAGCGAUCUAGCGAUCAACCAAAGCUCAGAUCUAUUGAUCUAUUGAUCUACAUAUCCAGCGAUCUAGCGAUCCACCAAAGUACAGAUCUAUUGAUCCAUUGAUCUACAGAUCCAGUGAUCUAGCGAUCCAGCGAUCAACCAAAGCACAGAUCUAUUGAUAUAUUCAUCUACAGAGAAGGAUCAGCGAUCAACCAAAAUACAAACAGAUCCAUUGAUAUAUUCAUCCACAGAGCGAUCCACCCAACUAGAAAGCUAUUUAUCCAUUGAUCCAGAUCCCGAUCUAGCGAUCCACCCGAUCCAGCGAAAAAUACAAAAUCUAUUGAUCCAUUUGAUCUAUCUAGAUCCAGAUCUAGUGAUCGAUCCACCAAAAGUACACAUCUAUUGAUCCAUUCAUCCAGAGCCAGUCUAGCGAUCCACAAAAGUAAAAAAAUUGAUCCAGAAAUCUAUUUAUCCAUUGAUCUACAGAUCCAGAUCCAGCGAUCCAUCUAGCGAUCAAAUCAAUUGAUCCACCGAUCUAGCGAUCCACAAAAGAUCCAAAAAUUGAUCCAUUGAUCCAAAGAUCCAUUGAUCCAUCUAGGGAUCCACCACCUAUUGAUCCAGUGAUCUAGUGAUCCACCAAAGGAUCAACCAAAGCACAGACAUCUAUUGAUCUAUUCAUCUACAGUACCCAGUUGAUCCAUCUAGGGAUCCACAAAAGUAAAAAUCUAUUGAUCCAUUGAUCUACAGAUCCAGCGAUCUAGCGAUCCACCAAAGUAAAAAUCUAUUGAUCCAUUGAUCUACAGAUCCAGUGAUCUAGCGAUCCACCGAUCUAGCGAUCCACAAAAAACAAAUUAUUGAUCCAUUGAUCUAAAGAUCCAGCGAUCUAGAUGUAGCACCAAAUCCUAUUGAUCCAUUGAUCUACAGAUCUGAUUGAUCCAUUGAUCUAGCGAUCCAGAUCCAGUGAUCUAUUGAUAUAUUCAUCUACAGAGCCAGCGAUCUAGCGAUCCACCGAUCUAGCGAUCCACAAAAAUACAAAUCUAUUGAUCCAUUGAUCUAUCUAGAUCCACAAAACUAGAAAUCUAUUUAUCCAUUGAUCAGAUCCAGCGAUCCACCGAUCUAGCGAUCCACAAAAGUACAAAUCUAUUGAAAUCUACAGUACAAAUCCACCAAAGUACACAUCUAUUGAUCCAUUCAUCUACAGAGCCAGCGAUCUAGCGAUCCACAAAAGUAAAAAUCUAUUGAUCCAUUGAUCUACAUAUCCAGCGAUCUAGCGAUCCACCGAACUUGAAAUCUAUUGAUCUAUUGAUCUACAGAUCCAGCGAUCUAGCGAUCCACCGAUCUAGCGAUCCACAAAAGUACAAAUCAAUUGAUCCAUUGAUCUAAAGAUCCAGCGAUGUAGCGAUCCAUUAAAGUACAGAUCUAUUGAUCUUUUGAUCUACAGAUCCAGUGAUCUAGCGAUUCACCGAUAUAGCGAUCUAACGAUCAACCAAAGCACAGUUCUAUUGAUCCAUUCAUCUACAUAGCCAGCGAUCUAGCGAUCCACCGAUCUAGCGAUCCACAAAUCUAUUGAUCCAAAGGGAUCCAACCGAACUAGAAAUCUAUUGAUCCAUUGAUCACGGAUUGAUCUAAAGAUCCAAAAGUACUAAUCUAUUGAUCCAUUGAUCUACAGAUCCAGCGAUCUAGCGAUCCACCAAAGUAAAGAUCUAUUGAUCCAUUGAUGUAAAGAUCCAGUGAUCUAGCGAUCCACCGAUCUAGCGAUCUAGCGAUCAACCAAAGCACAGAUCUAUUGAUCCAUUGAUCUACAUAUCCAGCGAUCUAGCGAUCCACCAAAGUACAGAUCUAUUGAUCCAUUGAUCUACAGAUCCAGCGACUUAGCGAUCCACCCAUCUAGUGAUCUAGCGAUGCACAAAAGUACAGAUCUAUUGAUCCAUUCAUCUACAAAGCCAGCGAUCUAGCGGUCCACCGAUCUAGCGAUGCACAAAAGUACAAAUCUAUUAAUCCAUUGAUCUACAGAUCCAGAGAUCUAGCGAUCCACCGAAGUAGAAAUCUAUUUAUCCAUUGAUCUACAGAUCCAGCGAUCUAGCAAUCCACCGAUCUGGCGAUCCACAAUAGUACAAAUCUAUUGAUCCAUUUAUCUACAGAUCCAGCGAUCUAGCGAUCCACCAAAGUACAGAUCUAUUGAUCCAUUGAUCUACAGAUCCAGUGAUCUAGCGAUCCACCGAUCUCGCGAUCAACCAAAGCACAGAUCUAUUGAUCCAUUGAUCUGUAUAUCCAGCGAUAUAGCGAUCGACCGACCUAGUGAUAUAGCAAUCCACCAAAGUACAGAUCUAUUGAUUCAUUCAUCUACAAAGCCAGCGAUCUCCUGAUCCACCGAUCUAGUGAUCCACCAAAGUUUAGAUCUGUUGAUCUAUUGAUCUAUAGAUCCAGGGAUCUAGCGAUGUACCAAACUACGGAUCUAUUGAUCCAUUGAUCUGUAGAUCCAGCGAUCUAGCGAUCCACCGAUCUAGUGAUCUAGCGAUCUAGCGAUCAACCGAAGCAGAGAUCUAUUAAUCCAUUGAUUUACAGAUCCAGCGACUUAGCGAUCCACCCAUCUAGUGAUAUAGCGAUCCAGAAAAGUACAGAUCUAUUGAUGUGUUGAUCUACAUAUCCAGCUAUCUACAGAUCUACCGAUCUGGUGAUCCACCAAACUUCAGAUCUAUUCAUCCAUUAAUCUACAGAUUCAACGAUCUAGCGAUCCCUUAGCCUAGCGAUCCUGCGAUCCACCAAACUACAGAUCUAUUGAUCUACUGAUCGAGAGAUCUAGUGAUCCACCAAAUUACAGAUCUAUUGAUCCAUUGAUCUACAGAUCCAGCGAUCUAGUGAUCCACCGAUCUAGUCAUCUAGCGAUCCACCAAAGUACAGUUCUAUUGAUCCAUUGAUCUACAGAUCCAGUGAUCUAGCGAUCCACCGAUCUAGCGAUCUAGCGAUGAACCUAAGCACAGAUCUAUUGAUCUAUUGAUCUACAUAUCCAGUGAUCUAGCGAUCCACCGAUCU